AGCUUGAGCUGCCGACCAGUCAGAGGGAGGAUGUGAAGUGGAGAAGGAGGCGGCUUGCGGGACUAUUUUUCGUUACGCCGAAGUUUUGUUAAAAUGUCUUGGUUGUUUAAAAGCUAAGGGCAAGUCUAAUGCAAUGUCUGUCAAACCGAGCUGCUCAUCAUUCAACACAAUUGCCACCGGAUAACACGGAGUUUGGAUUACACAGUGCCUGCUGUGUUUGCGUGGAUGGACAAAUCGAUUUAGAUGAUCUGUCAGGACCGGAUUCACUCUCCGUGGACUUUGAUUAUUUCUCGAUUUAGGGCUUUUUCUGUGGGAGCUUUGUUUUGACUAGCCGGUGCAGCUAGUCUCUCUUUGGACUAGAGGUGGAGACCAGAGACGCACACGUGUUAUCCUACUUUCUACGGGUGGGACGCAGUGAUCCUUCACCACUCUCUGGAUAAAAGUUGUUUUUUUUUCAGUCAGUGUUUUGUUUGCAGCUGAAUGAAAAAAGGCAGAAACAUGUCGCUCAGCAGAAGUAUUGAAUUUGAGCACUUUGAGGAACGAGAGAAGCCGCACCGGACACCGAGAGCCAACUCUGGCUCCGGGUCCCACUCAGGCAGCAGAGGCAACGGGUUGGUCCCCAGCCCGGCGCACAGUGCGCACUGUAGCUUCUACCGCACACGCACACUGCAGUCCCUCACCUCCGAGAAAAAAGCCAGAAAAGUGCGCUUUUACCGCAAUGGGGACAAAUACUUCAAAGGUCUGGUGUAUGCAGUGUCAAACGACCGCUUUAGGUCUCUGGAUGCUCUGCUUAUGGAGCUCACAAGGUCUCUGUCAGACAACGUCAACCUUCCUCAAGGUGUCCGGGUCUUGUACACAGUGGAUGGAGGCAGGAGGAUCACCGGUCUGGAUGACUUAGUAGAGGGUAAGGGUGAUGAUCGACGUUGCAACAACUAAUUGUGACCACAAAUCACUAAGUAGGGGGUCAAUACUUGUUCAUAUCGGUGAUGGAUAAUGUGCAUUGAUUUUUAUAAAAGCUAGGUUUUGCUUUGAGUGUUGGCUGAAUGCUACAUCAAAAAGAAUUACUAUACAGGAGCCUGGGGCAGAAGUUUAAAAGGUCACUCAGUCAGAGGAGUUCUGCUUUUCAUGGCUUGCACCUAAUAUUUCCAGAGGCUGUCUACCAAUCAGAAAAGUUCACCCUGUCUGACCAAGGUUGCUCCUUUUUAUGCAGAGAUCUGCUGUGCUUUUACCCUCAGAGGACCAACAGUAAAAUUGAUGCAAUGCAGAGAAUCAUUCACAUCAUCUGCAUCACUGACAUAACUGAUCUGACAUGUUUGACCCAGUGCCAUGCAUGCUAGAAGCAGACCUCUUUUGCUCCUCCUUACAGUCUUAUGCUAAUGUGCGUCAGCAUUGAUCUGACUAUUUUUUCAGUCUCUCUCCUUUCAAGCAUGUAUUAGUGAGCUGAGUUUGUGUGGGCUUGAAAGUGCAUUAUGUACCUUUUUAAGUGCAGAUGAAUGUGUGUGUUGUUGGAGGGUCGAUUGGCUGUUAAAGUCUUGUUAAAAUGAUCUCCCCUUUGGGGCUUUAAAGAUGGGAGUUUCCACUUCCAUUCCACUAUCCUUGCAUCACUCGCAUUACAAGAGGUGAAUAAUGAGGUUAAACACAGGAAAUGUCAUUAUAAUUCAGAAGGUAAUACAAUAAAGCCAACAUUUAUGAUCUGUAACUUAAAUUAUGAAGUUAAAUCUGCUUUCUUGAGCUGUAUGAUUAGUUUAGUAUUUGUUGUAAGAGGAUUGAAAAACGGAUGCAAUGUGACCUUCCUGCAGUCCUCUUUUAAUGUGACACUGUCAUGCAAACUCAGAAUCCGUUGACCUCUACUGCAUGUACUUUUUUCAUAUACUGCUCUAUUUUUGUCUCUCAUCCUCCUAAAACUUAAAAAAUAUCACACUGAUUCCCUCUGCCCCUCUUCCCCCAAGUGACUCCAGAAGAUUUAGGCCAGUGCCUGAUCUGAAUUUUGUAGCAUCCCCAGUUGCAAGUUGUGCUGAAGUUGUUUUGAUGCAUUGAAUUGAGAGCAAAGCACUACAACUGCACUUCUGCACCAUAACAGGUGAGGCAUAGUGGCUGAUUAAGAAUGUAAUACAUCAUUCUACAUAACUGCAUUUAAACUUUUGAAAAAUCGUCUUACAGUGUCAAUACCAAUAUUUAAACCCUCACAGUACCAACUUUCCUAUUAAAGAAUAUUCCUGAAAUUACUAUUCCUGCUUGAAAUCAAUAUGAAAAGUUCUCAGUGGGGUUUUUCUUAGAGAAGUUGGUAGAAAUUUCCUUAAUGAUAUUUAAAGCAUUAAAACUACCUCAAACUAUGUUUUCCCCAAAGAAAAAACCCUGUGCUGUGGAUGAGUCACUGACCCUACUGUGCAUCAUUUUCACCAUCUUGCCUUUUUUCAGAUAUUCAUCUCUAAAAAUAAUCUCAAAUAUCGUCUCCUGUGCUUUUAAAGUGAGGAAAUGUUGUUUAAUACCUUAAGUUACUCAUUUUAAAUUCAAAGCAAUCUAAUUUCUCUAUGAAAGUCAAUAAAAUAAACCCAGAUUUGAUAUGUUUCUGCAGAUGGGCUGAGCAUCAGUGUCUUAUCCUUGUUUACUCACCCAUCUAAUGGAAAGAGCCAGGGAACAUUACUGCACAGCUCAGCAGUCUGCCUCCAUUGAUUGAGGCCUGCUGAGCUCUUUUGUGUGGAAACCCAAUAAGCACCUCUCACAUGUGCUCCCCGUAUGGCUGGAUGGGAUUACUGAGCCAACCAGUCAACUUACACAGACUCUCCAUAUUGUGGGUGAAAGCUUCGGUGAGCCACGCUGAGAGCAGGUGUGAGUUGCAUGUGUUCAUUUGUACCACACAGCAAAAAAAAGUUCUUCUCCCUGGUGCCAAGUUUUUUUUUUUUGUUUGUUUUGUUUUGUUUUACUUUUUAGGAGUUUUCAGCCUGUUUUGGCUCAUUUUGGCUGUUUGUGUUGUUUCUCCCCGAAACCAUCCAUUGACCAAGCAGUGCAAGAAUCUGUCCAUAUCUGAUUGAUCAGACCUGUUCUUGGCGAAGAAUAUCAAAGCUAGUGAAGCUCUGCUGACUCAGGCACACUGUUGGUCUCUUGGUGAAAAAAAAAUAAACCUCCUGCUGGUUGUAGAGAUAAUUGAUAGUCAACUUCUUAAAAAUCCAAACCCCAUAUUCAGGUAGAAGUUGCAAAAGUAGAGCUCAACAGAAACAGCCUUCAAAAUAGUAAAGCUGAUCAGCCUGAGCUGGCAAGAAAAAUCCCCUUUGAACUUUUGUGCUUGUGGGAAAAAACAAGGAAUGUAUUAGGUAUUAAUCUGAGUUCAGAAAGAGCAUUGUGGAGUUUACUUUGCUGAGGGAGAACAUGGCAUACUGAAAUAGAAGUUCUGAUGUGCUGAAUGACGAGUGUAAAAGCCAGUUGGUUUAUUAAUGCCAUCCUGUGAAAUAAACUGAGUUAGGUUUGAAAGUGGACAAUAUUUAAAGACUAUAAAACAUCAGGGAUGUCGUGUAUUCUUUGGCAUUAAUAAAUUUGUGAUGUACUCAGACAUAAUGCAGCAUAGGUGUAGUUUUGAAUGUUUUCAAGUUCCUGUGAAAACAGUAUUGCUUUAUUUGAUCGCCCCGGGGUAGCAUGCUAACAGUGAAUUGGUUUUAAGGGUAAAAAGGGAAUCAUAGACACAUUGGUUGAUUUAAUUACAUUAUUCUGCUUUAAUUUAAGUUUGAUUUGUGUUGAUCUCCAUCCUUGCCCCUCACACUCUCAGUGUGUUACAAGUUUGUUUCCAAGUCUUUGCAGGGAUAACCUUUAUGACAAACUUUACUAGGUGAUGUACAAAGGUCAACAAGAACAUUUGUAACAAAACUAAUGAUUAUACUGUGAUUUUUAAUGCCUGAAAGUACUGAACUGAACUACUUAAUCAUUUAGGUCGAGACAAGCAAAGACUGCUUCAUCCACAGGGGGCGCCAAAACUGAUACAAACUGAAAUUUCCUCUUAGGAAACUGUUUUCUGAAGCUGUAUGAAAUUUUCACACAUUAAAAAUUAUCUUUUGUAGUGUGCUCCUUUAAAACUUUGAAAUCUGUGAUGCCUGUUGACGUUUUACUCACAUAUUGGAGUUCUCCAGUCUGGCAUUGCUAAAAGACCGUAUCAGUUCAAAGCACCAGUCGUCCAGUUUUUGUCACAGUCAGUACAUGUGUGUUUGAUAGUUUCCUUCUUCUGCACAUGGACUUUACAUUUUUCACCAAUGAUUUGUAUAUUCCAGAUGUGUUUCAUAAUUUUUGAAACCAUGCCUUUCAAAAUUAUAUAAGUGUAUUGGUAGUGUAACUGUCUCUGUGUCUAGUUUUAUUCUUGUGGAAGCACAGCUGGUGGAUGUUGGCAACCAAAUUUCACCGUGCUUGCACUUGCAUUGCAAAUAUGACAACAAAAACACUGAGACCUUGAAAAUUUUGAUUCAUUGCCCAAAGAGUUUUCAGAUACUACUUUGUUUUAAUUAUCUUUGAUUUAGAAAUGAUCAGUUUUGGAUGUUUUAGCUCCAGGGUUGUGGCUGAAUCUCUGUCGGUAUGACAAGCACAGUUUUUAUUUUUGCUGUGUUAUCACUGAUGGUGUUUCUUUAAAGGAGAACAAACAGGACAUUGGAAGUAUGACAUUUAGUUCCAGGUUUUACUUAUCAGCAUGUACAGUAAUGCACAGUAAUGCAGAAAUGUGCUGGUCAUACAGUCCCCAUCCCUUUGCUCCAAAGUUGUGAGUAUAAGCUUUCAAAAUAGAGCCCGCUCCUUGUUGAGAAUAUCAUCGCCUCACAGAGGUCGUGUCAUUGUUUUGUUGGUGAUACAUUUGUGUUGUGCUGAUUUUAACACUGUUGUACAUUUCCCAUUUACUUCCAUGGCUCGGGUUUUGGUGACAUCUGUGCCACCACUGCAGCUGCACCGGUUAGAGAGCUCUAUUAAUGUUGACCUCAGCUGUCGUCCACAUGAGGACAGCGGGUGGCUGCGUGAUUGGGACCGCCUUCACAUCACAGACGGAUGUUGCACCUGAGAACCUUGCACCUCGGGGAAUACUUGUCACCGGCCACCUUCUGAGGGCAUUUUAAGUAUACUGCCACUGUCCUGUCAGAUGAAUGGCGGCCCCAUAUUUUGUUUUCGUUUUCAGACAUGGCUAAGUCCCCCCAGCUGUGGCCCAGCCUUUUAAUUAGCCUUUGGUUAAUUGCAAGUCUAAUAAAACCAGCUGCCAUGGGAUAUGCUGUCUCACUUAGCCUCCUUUUUCUGCUGCUCCAUUCGUUUGUCUUGUCACAUGUAUGAUAAAAAAAAAAAGAUACUGAAAGAACUUUUUGAAGUAUUUUCGCUGACAAAGGAGAGAGAUGUGCUGGAAAAGAAUUUAGAGUAACAUAGCCGAUAUAAUUUCAUGAUGUGUCAUACAUGCAUGGAUACUUUUGUAAUGGAUGUGGUGUGAAAGGAAAUUCUCAGUAACUUUCUCUACUUUCACUCACAUUUGAAUUUCUCAUCCAGCACUCGGCCUCCAAAGCAAUCCCCAGACAUUCUUACCGUGGUUUCCUUUUACCGGCCAAGCCCAUGCACUUGUCACAUGACUUUCUUUCUUGAGGGGAAACAUUUGCGUGUUAACUGUUGGAAAGGAAUGCAGGCAGAUAAAACAAAAUGCUUUGCCUUGGAGGAUGGCCAAUGCAGCAGCUCGCCAGCUGAAAAGGGAGAGAGGACAGUGUAACACUGGCCUGGCCUCUCAAUGUGCCUUUUUGUCUCAGCUGAGGAAUGUUAACUCUUUGUUUUCUGGCAUGUAGAUGCAGCGUUUUAUGGUACAUCAUGUGAGGAGGGUUUGUGUGAAUUUAAGAAGGCCAUUUUCUUACGUCCUUGCAUUGAAGGCAAGAAGCUCAGACUGUGCCAUAACAUUCAUCUGUUAUGUUUUACUUUGACAGCUGUAUUGAUGUUUACUAUUUAACAAACUGAACCCAAACCUACCAUUAAUCACCUUAAGGACAUGGACAUCUCCAACAACAUCAGGCCACGUUACAAAAGUAUAACCCACUGAUCACUGUAGUAUUUAAACUCUUGAAGCUAAACUUUGGCACUAUUUCUAUUUUCUUUUUCUCAAGACUUUCAGCCACUUUCGAGCUAAUUAAAGUAUUAGCAAGUAAGUUAGUGGCUGCAAGUUAAUAAUAGUUAUUGUCUUCCAUAGGUAAUGGCUCAGAUAUGUUUUUUUUGAUUGUCAUUGUUUACUGGAUUGCUGAGACACAGGGAUCUGUGAACUGAUUACUAUUUGUCAGAUACGCUUAAAGCUGCUAUGAGGAGUUUUUCAGGUUUAUUCAAUAAAAUGAAAUUCAUAUUGUUGCCUUUUAUGUUGUAUGCAAACACAAACAAGACCACCAGGAGCAUGACAAUGAUUUUCAUUCUGUUGUAUUUAAUGCCUUAAUCUGGUGUGAGGGGGUAGGUGUCAGCUUCAGACACAGCCCCCUCCACCAUUUCUUUUUACAGUUUUCCUAACAAAAUAUUCACAAUAAUAUUAUAUAUGGAGGACAAAUAUAAUAGAGGACAAAGUAAGCAAAGACUGCUUUGUCAACAGGGGGUGCUGAAAUUGACACAAACCAAAAGUUUCUUACAAGACCUCUAAUUUAUUCCAUUUACAGCUGAAAGGCUAGCUGUUAGACCUUACAGUAACAAUUUAGCUUUUUAGCUUUCCAUCCUAACCAUGACAUGGUUUGUCUCCAUAAUGUAGGUCUGGUUCAUAAAAUAUCCAUAUUUCUCAGUUCUCCCUUUUAUUUCUCCCCCCAGGUGAGAGUUAUGUGUGUGCCUCAAAUGAACCCUUCAGACGCGUGGACUACACCAAGAAUGUCCAUCCCAACUGGGCAGUGGGAAGCAGGACCGGCACAUCCCGCUCCCUCUCCUCUCUUUUCCCCUUGAAGAACGAGUUGCAGCGCGAGUCCAAGGACUAUAUCAAACCCAAGCUUGUCACUGUCAUCCGCAGUGGGGUGAAACCCCGUAAGGCAGUCCGGAUACUACUCAACAAGAAGACGGCACACUCCUUUGAGCAGGUGCUCACGGAUAUCACAGAUGCUAUCAAGUUGGACUCUGGAGCUGUGAGAAGACUGUACACUUUAGAGGGCAAGCAGGUGAGACAGAUAUACUGCAUGAUUUCAUCACCAAGGUAGCUUCUGCUAAACCAGUUAGUGAGAGGUUUUCUUGCCAUGAACUCAUUGACUGUGAUGACUUGAUGAUAGUUGGCUUGAGUUAACUGUAUUGUUCUCAGUGAGAUUGUAUUCUGUGGGUAUAAAAAACAGAUGGAAGUGCUGUGUUGAGCUUUGAGCCAAAUGUUUAAUCUCCAAAAACUGCUGCAAUUUACGGGCUUCAGCUGUGUCAGCAGUCUAGGUAAUUACAGCCCAUUUAAUCCCAGCCCAUACAUAAUUACACGCCAUGAUUAUUUCAACUUGGCACUAAUGAACACAUUUUAAAGUUCAGGUCAUUUGCCAUGUCGAUCAGUAUGGAGUUCUUCCCACCUCUUUUACCCCAUAAAGCCAUCUGAGACUGUUUUUACUAAAACCCCGCCCACCUGGGGCACAUUUAUUAAUGCCUUUAGCUGAAAACCUCAUUGGGGGUCCCUGGUGUUGUCAGAUGAAGUGAGCUUGAACACAUGGUUCCCCUAAUCAGAAAGAUUUAUAGGACACUGACUCAUCUGGGAAAAGGCUUUGUGAUAGCUAUCAUCAAUCUUUUAGAAUGAUCAUCUUUUAAACUGAGAAGAUCUGGAUGAAAUAAACAAAAAAAAAAUCUGUUUAAUAAACCUUGAAUGCCUAAUCUUGGUUAGCUUACAACCCAAUCGUUUUGUUUGGGUUUCUGUACAUGAGUAUCUAAAGAUUUUUGUCGAAUUUGGCCCUUCUUUUCAGGUUAGAAGAACACAAAGACUAAGUCAUAGAUUGUGACUGUAUUCCUGGCCUCCAAUGACCCCUGAUUUGUUUUGGUCUAGAUGCAGUCAGCUGUGAAAUACGUCCCUUCAUUCACUUCAUAUCUCUUCUCAUUAUUCUAGUCAGCAGCUUUCAUGGUUGAUUUGUCUGUUCGCUGUCUGUGCAGCAUUAAAAGCACAUGAUGCAAACAAAUGUCUGAAAUCUAUGGUUGGAAACUGUGAACUAUGAACUGCACACUUACAUAUUGAUCAAACAAAGCAUUUGAAAGACAGAUAUGGAAAUUUGUUGACUCUUUAUGCUGAUGCAGUGGUCCAUAACAGUCUGAAACGGAUGCAAAGUAGUGACUUGGACAGAGCUUUCUAAAGAGGAAAGACAACAAAUCCUUCUUUCACAGAGCAGAAACAGUUAUAUUAUCAGUUAGAUAAGAUAAGGCACAUUUCUUGAUAAAAAGUCCAUCAUGAAAGGAUGAUAAUUGAUUAAAAAGCUAAUCAAAAUAAGUAAUCACCGUUUUACUUUUGUCCUGGUGCAAAUUCAGUCCAAAAGCCACCAAAAGCUGAAAUGCCUCUGUAAAAGUUUCAGUUGAGAUGAGGUUGUAAAGUGAGAGAAAGUCCAAAGAACCUCCUGUCUCUGAACUUUUGAACUGAGAAUCCCACCUCUGACAGCCAAACCGGCUGACGUUACCUUCCUGUGAGCAGACAAAAGGGCUUACUAGACCUGACGUACCAGACAAAUGACUCAUGGGAAAAGUGAUCUCCUCUGACAGGGCAAGUCAAGCAUCCAUUCAUCAGACAAACACAAAAGCAUACUUUAUAAUGAAAUGUUGGGUUUAUAAAAUGGUAAGAAUAUAUCUUUACACCAUCCUGUCAUAUCAACUGACACGAUUCUAGCUUGAAUCAUGUGAAUUGAUUCAAGCAUCAAAAAUGAUGAUAUAGCUGUAUCAGUAACUGUCAGUAAUGUCCUGAGUUUAUUGGUUUAUUGGAAAAGAAUUACCCAGCAGACAUUUUUGUUUUCCUUUUUGCACCUUCAGUUCUAUUUCUGUUAAAGACAGAGGAUCUGAUUUGUCAAAGUGAAGAGGCUGACACAUGUAAAAUAUUGUACUAAGAUAAAAUGAAAGCAUUUCCAUAACUUCUCAUGCUGGAUCGGUCAAGACUCCUCAGCUUAACGGUUAUUGAUUCUGAGUAGCAAAGGCAAUGUCAGUGACAGCCUUGUCUCAUGUCACACAUACAAAAUCAGUCCACAGAGAGUAGUUACAGCAUGUCCAGUAUAGACAGAUGGUUAGUGGUUAACUAGUCCAACUAGCACAGACAAGCCGACUUAAGGUGGGAAAACAGAGUCUUUUUCUUCCUAAACUCAAUUUUGCACAACUACCAGCAAACUUCACAAGACACCUAACAUGUACGUAAACCUCCUGGACUUUUUUACUGUGAUUCAUUUUGUUCCAUAUUUGGGAAAUCAAUCGUAGUGGAUACCAAGUGGGGCAGCCAUGUUGACUAGCUGUUAUGUUUGCCAGAGUAUCAUUUCAUCAGACAUUAAAGGGUUCAUGAAUAUAUGUGAUGAUUUCUGGAUGUCCUACUAGCCUUAAAAUACGUCAAAAAUUAACAAUAAGUAUAAAAACUGUUCGCAUCUAUCCAUCAAACCAUCCAUCGAUUCAUUUAAUGUACUUCCUCAUUAAUGGUCUGUGUAACAUUGUGUCUUACAUGGUGUCACCGCAUGUCCUCUACAGAAGAGUCUUUUGGAUAACAUUGAAAAGUUUCCAUUUUGAUAAUGAACCGCAGAGGUUGCUUAGUCAGCAGAGGAGGAAAGCUGUGACCCUUUUUUCAUUAAUUCAACAAAGAUAAUACAAAAUGAUGCAUGUUCAACCUUUCCCGUCAAGACCUCAAUUCUUUUACAUGUCCAUGUUAACAAAAAACGGGUUAAAUCACAACAUCUCACGCUUCGAAGCUAAUGAAAUUAAGUCACAAUGAUGCAAAAAGUCAAGUGUGUGGAAAAAAAUAGCAAACAAUGUAGGAUUUACUGGACUUGUUUUAACCUCUUGUCUUCAACAGCUCUGUUAAAGGAUUGAAUUAAGAGUUUAAUUUGGAGGUUUAACUCAUUAAGCCUGUAACUCGAUCCUGAGACCAGAGCAGGACACCUGACAUUAUCCUGCCAAUGAAUGCAGUGAGCUCCAUCUUUACUCUGGGCUGAUAAAGAGUUUUACAAAUAAACUGAUAGUCAAUAUUCAACAGUUCAAUCUUUGUUUCUAAAAACUGGCUACGUUGAGAAUAGAAGGCGAAAGAUUUUGCUCUAAUCUGUUCACUCUCUCUGGUCCUCUGCCCCCCACUGAACAAAAACCCUACCCUGCUGUCUCCCAGACUCCCAGACCAAACAUGUCUCUGUAAUCUGACAGCUUGACUUGUUUAGAGCCCUCUGUCACUGACUUGCUCCAGACUGAUAAGCCUUUUUUUAUUACACUUGAGGUGGAGCUAGUGAAACUAAGAAUUUUAGAUUUAGUUUAUCCUUGUGAAUAGAAAACAGCCCACUGUGCAAAAAACACAAAUACCUUUUAGUGUGAAGGACUUAAAUGCCUGCUUUCUGUUCCUUAUGAAGGAAGGGACUUGAGGGAAACUCACCUUUUACUAAGGCCCCAACUACACGGAUGCGGAUAUAUUUCAAACCGCACAUAUUUAUGUCCGAUUAGGCCUCCCUACCACACCAAAACGGGAGUUUGGAUCACUCAAACCGGAUAAAUCUGAAUCUGAAAAAACAAGUGGAGAAAUAAAAAAAUAUUCGUAUAAGUGGAUUCAUGUGGUUGAACUUUUAUGGAUCGAUGACGUCAAACCGCAGCUCGCGCAUGCAAAUUAAAAAGAAAAACAACAACAACGAUGGCAGACAGACAGGGUAUUCUUUAUGUUUGUUUUGCCUUUUUGGGGCUAAUUUCAGCCUUGCAAGUGAACCUUGUUUUAUACAAUUACAUCCACCAGUCAGCCAGUGUCUGUUUUGUUAUAGCCGCCACACCGUCACAUGGACCCGACGCACUAGCGUAGCUUCCGCGAACAAUGCAUGACGCAUCACGCUGUUACGAUUCAUCGGCCAAUCAGAUAGCUUUGUUUCUGAAUUUUUUUUAAGCGGCACCAGAUAGGAUUGAGUUUGAAGGCUACGUGUGGAAGCAGAUAUUUUUGAGAACAAAAAUAUCCUGAUAAAUAAAUAUCUAUAUACGUGUAGUCCGGGCCUAAAUUAACCCAGAAGACAGAUUUUCCAUGAGGUCCACUAAACACAAGCUGUCCCCCAAAUUCUCACUGUCAUCACCAGUAAACUGACUUCAUCUCAUGUUGUUUAAACACCAAGAAACAGCAUGAACAAGCUUUAAUAUGUUUGUGUUUUACUAAAGAGACUUUAAUUGCAGGUGUUUCAUUGAGGUUUUGUUACUACAAAUACAUCUAUGAGUAUUUUAUUGCACAAACAUCAUACUGUAACAUACCGUUUUGAAAAAAGCUGAAUAGAUUUUAAAAGUUUAAUUCAAAUAAAAAAGUAAGGGCCAACACUUAGUCACCCUACACACAAAUACAAACACACAUACACACCCCGCAUGCCUUCCAGCAGCAUCCUGCCAUCUGCUCCUCCAAAAUCAAAUCACAGGUCCAAGCCACCCAGUCUGCAGGCGCUUCAGCCCCCCUCCCACUGAUGCACACACUCACAUGCACAAACAACAUCGCACACACGCAGAGCAACCCCCCUCACCCCCACUGCGGCCUUGGCCACCACCGAAUAAUUAGACCUACAAGCUGAAAGGGAGGGUUAAAGUGCAGCUGUCAGGUGUGUGUGUUUAUGUGUGCGUGUGUUCGGGGACGUGCACGUGUGAAUUGAGUGUGCCUAAAAAAUUACGUCUCUGUCCACUCUCUCUUCUGGAAUCAAAGCUGCUCUUCAGACUGAAUGUUAAUUGUAGCUGUUGGUUAUCAGGGCCAGCAGAAUCAGCUGCCACUUCUCAGAGAAAGCCCUGUUUUACAUCUCAAAGCUGACUGGGCAGGCGGAAAAUAAGAUCUCCCUAUUUUUUAUUGUUCAAUCGAUGCAUUCAUUAGUUUUGGGAACACUUUGCAGUCCAGUACUUACUUAGUUGUCUUAUUUAUGUAAAAAUCAUUCAGAGAAGAUAUAGGGGGACUGCAAACGGAGACAAAGAGGAGAAGUUUCUUGAGAUAAAAGUGGAGUGCUGAUUUGUAGAAGAAGAGAAGAGGAGCUCAGAUCUUUUUCUUUCUAUGCACAGCUGGCUGUUUACAAUGUGUGAAGAUGUCACAUCGUGAGAUAUCAGAGAGCCUCGACUGCUUCAGGACUGAUGGUAGCAAAGGAGAAACAGGAUGUGUGUUCAAAAGAAAGGAUUAUGGUCACUAGAGAGUAGAGCUGGGCGAUAAAACGAUAAUGAUGUAUAUCAAAGAUGAAUUUCUGUUGAUAUUGAUAUGAAACAUGGUCAAUUUGCUUUUCGAUAGUCGUAUUCUGCCAUGUUGUGGUAGACUAUAUGAAUAGCCAAUGAAAAGGGGACUUGCUCUGUGUCCGUAUUGUGCUGAACCAAUCGUGCUGAAUUACAACCAAGUAGCAAACAACUGUGUAGUAGCAGACUACAAUUACAUGCAACACGUGAAGCUGACAGCACUGUGGGUGAGAAAAAAGGAAAUGAGUGCUACCCCGGGCAGAAAUGCAGAUGAAGGCUCAACUGAUGACGAAAUCUUCGACCUUAUUAUCUUCGCUUAUUGUAUUGCAAAACACAUACUAUCAAUAAGCACUGUUAUAUUUCAUUUAAGAGUAACAGGGAACAUUUAAGAUUGACAAGUGAUUUUUUUUAUAAUGUGAUAUUUAUCGAUUUUGACUGAGAUGAAAAAAAUGUAUAGUGAUAAACUCUUUCCCAUAUCGCCCAGCCCUACUAGAGAGUAAGAGAGGUUAUAGCCCUUACUUUUUCCCAGUGCCUGUUUUCUGCACCUUCCCAUUCACUUCUUCCUACUGCUGUACAUUUUUUGGUGUGAGCCAUAAGCCUUUCUGUCCCACUCAGUCCUACAAAAACAUUUCUCUUUGGUCAAACAUACUGAAUGAGAGCUUGUCGACUAAAUAUGAUCAACAAUUUCACAUUUAUUACAGAGGCACAAAGACUCUCCAUGCGUUAGUUCAGAUUUUUUUUAGCAAAUCCUUGUAGGAGUAUAACCUUGGUCUCUAUCCCUGAGGACUAUGAGGGCAUUAAGAGUUCAACAUUGUUAUUCUUUCUCCAACAACAUCUGCCAAAAAAUCCUGGAAUACAUUUGCCUUUCACAACUCUUUUCACUCUGUGAUGAUAUCAGGAUGACAGUUUGUCUGCCCAUUAACCAGAGGGCAGGAAUACUGUACAGUGGACCUUUUCACAAUACUCAGCAAGCAGAGGAAUGAGAGAGGAAAUGAGGCCUUAGCACUGAUAAUUGGACAGUUUGCUCAAAUGACAUUCUUUGUUUACAUCUUUGGAGCAGUAAGCCGGACAUGCUGUACCCAGGAUAAUGAACUGUAGGCACAGUGGCUGCAGAUCUACAGUUGUGUAUUAUGCAUGUUUAUGCUGUUGGUUUUUAAAAGAUUUAAAUGGUAGUAAUAGAAAUAGGAAUGAGUUAAGAAUAAAAAAGAAAUUGCAACAGUUAAUAAAAAGUGCAGAAGAUUAGAAAGAAAGCUAUUUACAAAGCGCAAAGUGUUUAAGAAAUAAGCUGUGUUCAAGCAUAAAGAGUAGUAAGUGCUGAAACCAGUUUGCAGUGUUGCGUUGUGGGAUAUUGCACAGAAUAUAAUACAGUAUAACAGAGUAUUGCACUCUUUGAUUACUGAAGUUUGACAUAAAGGUACAGUGUAUAGCAAUUUAGAUAUCCAGAAAAUGCUCCCUUGCUCACCUGUUGGCCUUCAGGGACAAAUAGCUCCUGUGAUGCAUGAAAAAGAUGAUUCUUAAGUCAAGCUGUUAGUAUCAAAAACAUCUGUCAUUACAGCGUCUUUUGGGCAAACAACCACUCUGUUGCCAUCAGUGCUUUUCACACAGCAAGUACAAAAACACACACUCUUUUUAUUAGAUUUGGUUUCAUUCAAAAACAAAAUUCACCAAAUUGAAACUUUUUUUUUUUCUUGGAAAGCAUUUUUUUUUCCAGUGUUUGUGUUUGUAUUAAAACUGAUGAGCAACUUAUGAGGCACUUGAGCAGUAAGAUAACUUCUAAAGUUACAAGCAAAACAGAAGUCAAUUGAAAAGACCAGCUGUGUUUCCAUGAUUAAGUAAUCAGUUUAGUUCAGUUAAGUGCUGUUGUUGCCCUUAGGGAAAUUACUCUUGUAUAGAAGCUCGGUACCCAUAUACAGAGAAACAAAAACGAUGCAAAAAACAUCUACGAAACAAAGAAAGCAUUCAACUUCAGCCAAUUAGAGUUUAGUAGACAGAAAGCAAAGGGUAUUUAGAGCGACAGAUUUUUGCUGACAUAAUGAAGACAGCAGUAAAACUUCUCCCUCAGACUGAGUGCUCAAACUGCAUUCUCAUCAGUUUCCUUGUAUAUUGGUGGCUGGUUCUGAAAACAUAAUUGAACAAAUUAAUAAGUAGAAAUUUGUGGCAGUGACGACCCCAGUCCCGCCUCUAUGUUUAGAUUUUAGGUUGUCCAAAUUAUUCAUAGUGAAAGUUGCCCUCAGCAGCUUUUGUAAUUAUAUUUUCAGUUAAAGCAGAUUGAUAAAAGUCUCACUUUGAUGAUAACAGCCCUGUAUAAAGAGGACCUCAUUGAUCACCGAACAGUAUCAAGAUAACAGCUAGCUUGGUGAUAGUGGAUGAAUUUCUAGGUUUCGGGGGCAUACACAUGCUUAUGAGAUGAUGGCGGAUUUUAGUUAGUGUGACACUGAUGCACUUUGGCAUCACGUUACAUGACACGCUCCAAUACUCUAAAACCAACCCCGCACUAGUACAUGUGUUAGCAGAGCUGUGCUGCUCUGCUACCUCCUGCCAACAGUUAAAAGGUUUACAUUCAUUAAAGUGUCUCCCUAUAAUCGUAUUGCAGGAAUCAUAUCUUGUAAUUUGCACAUGCUGUUAUAGGCAGAUUAUUAAAACUGUCAAUCAUUUUGACUGGAUAGGGUCUAGGCUACAUGUGAUCCCUAUGUGAUUUUCAGACAUGAGCUGUUUUCAGCGCCAAAUCUGGAUUAAAUGCCCCCAUUUAGGUCAACAGCUAUCAAAUUUGCAUACCCACCUAUUGUUUUGCUGUGUUAUUAGCACACAGCACCAUCUGACGGCAAACAACAGUGUAAUUAGUCAGAAUUAAUCACCAUAGAUAUUGGCCCAAAAACUUGGCACAUUAUCUCAACAGUUGGAAACUAAAGCAGUGCAACUUAAAUAACGAAGCCUUGACAACCGUAGUAGCUGUUUGGUUCUUGGAGAUAAAAACCAACAUACCAUGACACCCUCUUUCUGGUAACGGAUGCCUUACAGACUGUGCUUCCUGUACCAGUCCUGAUGGGCAGCACAAACAAACUUCUUUGUUUUUAAAAUGCAAAAGUGCUUGAAGUGCUGGCAUGAUACCCUGCCUUGACAAAGAGGAACACAAAAGCAGGCAGACAACAGAGGAGGGGGGGACACAGGGCUGUCGGCUGUACAGAGCGUGUGGAGGCCACAGACAGGGAGGGCGUCCAUUGUGUGCUGUGUGAUCUCAACUACUUGUUUGGUUGUCUUUGUCCAAGCGUGGUGUUCAUUCAUUCUUUGCAGCAGGCCUUUCACUCUGCCAACAGUGGGGAGUUGACAUCACGUCAUGGGAAGCGGAUCUACAAUCCCCAGCCCACACACUAUUGUUUGUCUUCUUAAGUUAAAUCAUGCUAGCAGGCUCGGAUUGCCUCAGCAAGUUUUGGCAGAUUGAUGUGAUGAAUGUCGUUGCACAGGGCAGAUCGUGAGCUGCACGUUAAAGUGAUCCUGACAACUGUAGCAUGUAUCCAAUACUGAUGCUGGAGUUCCAUUUGCACAUCAAACAAUAUCUAUUCCUUGUCUUGUCUUUAGGGUAGAAGUCCUGGCUGACUUUAGACUGUUGAGUUUUAUGUUUGUUGACAGAUUGAAUUUAUUAAUUUAAUUUCAUUUUAGGGAUCUAGCCACAAAACACAGUGAGUUACAUUCUUGGAAAUUCAUGUCUUUUGAGACUUCUGUUGUAAAUGCAGUAAUGAGAUUUGAGUGUUUAUUGCCUGGCAGCAACUUUAAGUGUGAUAAUAUUGUUAGUUUUUUAAUUUCAGACUGAGCGUUAUGGUAAUUGGCAACAAAACCAACAUUUAUGUAUCUCUUGUGGAUCUCACUGCACCUCAGCAAUUCUGCGAGCCUGACUCUAAAUGAGCUGGGUAUUCUGCUGAGGCUCGUUCGAGCUACAAGUCGCAUGUGCGUGUUCAGGCUUAUACUCUCACUCUUUUAUUCCUCCUCGCACAGCUCCUUUUUAGUGUAAAGAGCUCAAUUACACUCAGAAACCCUGAGGUUAUGUGCUGUAAUGUCUCACUUCUGUGCAUCAGUAUGACUUGAAAGAGCACAAAGACAACCAGACAGCAGCUGCUGGCUGUUGUGGCGCCACUUCCUCUGGAGUUUCCACAAAUCUGAAAGCCAAUGUGGGAAAUUUCAAGUGUUAAUUUAUGUUUUGGGGUGUUUUUGCUGGUGGUAUUUGGAGUUCUUACAAAAUAAGGGAAGAAGUGAAGGGAAAAUGUUGUUUAUUAUGUUUUUUUGUAUUUUUUUUUUUAACACUGCUUUCAUUUGAAACUGUUUUGGUUGGUUCUACAACUUCUGUUUUGAGAAAAACCGAGACUUGAAGUGGAGGUGUUUAGUAGCCGAUUUUAAAACAGCUUGCAUAGUGAGUUAAUAAUGUAAUUAGAUUUCUCACUGCUUGUUUUCAUGCUGCCGCCGUCUUGUCUCAGCAGCUCCACGUGUUUGAGAUUUACGACUCUAAUCCAGAGGAAUUAAACAGUCUGAAAGUUGCUCGGGUCUGUAAGUGAGAGAGUUCAAACAGAGUUAACAACUUGGUUGGCUUUACCGUGAGCAUUGCCCUGACAAAUUUAAUAGGCACCCAGCUAUGAGUAACAGUUUAAGUGAGCAUUUAAAACCUUCUGGCUGUUUGUGAAGAACGCAUUUAUCUGGUUCAACACGAAAGCUCUUUUUCUGGGGUAACAGCAGGGGGGCUGUGUAGACCUGACCUUCCCCGAGGCACAAAAUGUAGGACUCAAUCUUUCGUGUUUCUCUGUCUUUCCCUCAGGUCUGCAUCCACCCCCAGUGCCUCUUAUUUGGCUCAGAGUGAUGAACAGAGGGAGGUGGGGGUGAUGGUAGUGAACAAUUACAGUAAUCGUCAGAGCCAGAGACCCCUUCACUUCCUGUGUGUCUCCUGGUUAGCAAUUUGUGUUUCUUUUUAUGUACAAGAGUAAACAUAUUGUUAUUGUGUAAUCUUAACAGAUUUUCCAUCAUGACUCUGUCUUGUAAAGUAAAGCAGGCAGGACGGAGGACACAGACUGAUGAUGAGAGCAAGAGAAGGUCAGACAUAUGAGAGUUGGGGGCGUCACAUCUUCGAGGGAAAGAUCCAGUUUACCCUAAAGAUACGUUACCCAGCCAAAACAAAACCCUGCAGACAGUUCACGCCACUGAUGGGCUAAGACAAGCUGAGACUAGCAGGAUAGAGCUGGCGAUGCAGGGCCAUUGGCUGUUUAUCCUGGUAGGGGUUGACAAAGAAGAACAUGGACAUCACAGUCUCACAUUCACACCUUUUAUAUUUUGCUCUAAAUAAUCUUCUGAAGAGGUUAUGCAGAGUUCAAAGAAAAUGAUUUAUCAUUAUUAUAAUUCACGAUCAAACAGGUUACACCCAGUUCCCUUAACAUGGUCUACAGGAUUUACAUUUUUGUAUGGGUAUAGAAUCUAUGUUGCUGCAUUGAAGGAUAUACUCAAACAGGUACAUUUCAGUCAGAAAACAACGUGCUUUGUUGGCUCAGGGGACAGGAAACUAAAGAAGCAGGAAACUUGAGUGAUGGGGUAAGAAAUCAAUGUGCACAACCGGUACAGCAGGGAAAAGCUGAAAGGAUCAAAUCAUACGCCAACAGUAGUGACAAUAUGAGCAAGUGAGGGCUCAGCAUGUUAUUAGAACAGCCCUUCAUGGUCAUAAAAGGAUCAGUGAGUUAACCAGUGAUUAGAUGAUGCUAAUCAUGACUUAACUUUAGUGCUCUGAAGAGGAACAUAUGCAGUCUGCUCUUGUGAUUGAAAAUCCAAUGGUGAUAUUGAUGGGGGAAAAAAGUUACUUAUAUUCAAACUUAGAGACAGAUGUUUGGAUCGUGGAUUUCAGAUUUUAUAUCCAGUAUAGACAGUAUAUGUCUAAAAAUCAAAAUAACCUUGAAAACACUCUGGAAAACUUUCUUCCGAGGUAAGAAGUUCAACAAACCUGUGUGGUCAGCAAAAACAAGAUAUCCAGCAGCUGUUUUUUUUGUUUGUUUAUUCAUGCUUACUUUGCCUUACAUUCUCUCAACCCUACUACCAUAUGCACUAAGUGUUAUUUGGAUAUAAUAUAUUCCUAUCUGACAUGACUUCCUCUCAUAGCUUGAAUACUAAUAUUUCCAGUUUGGAAACGAAUACGAUUUUGAAUUUUAGAAAAUACAGUUUUUAAACGUUUAUUUAAGAUUAAAGCUCUAAUACUUUACAGAUUUGGUCAUUUAACAUGAUUUCUCAAACACUUAACCUUUUUUAUUCUGGCCUUUUUAUAUCCACGUCCAUACAGGCAUCAUUUGUCUCCAUUUCCCUGCUUUCCCCUGGGCGUCACAGGCCAGCUGAAAAGUACUUUAUCACAGGGCACAGCACUGCUAGCCUUGCAGAGAGAGAGGAGUGUGUGUAGAGGUGAAAGUAAAUGAGAGUCCAACCAGGGCCCUUCUGGACAAAGAUGAAUAUAAAACACCAGCCUCCAGUUUCUUUUCUCAACAGUAAGCCUGUUGCCUCAGGGGGUGCAGGGAUAAGCAUGUCCAGAGGCACAAGCGAGAUAACAGGCAGAGGGUCUGCUGUCGCACACAUUUAGAUGAGAAAUUUGAAUGAUUUGAUGACAUUUAGCUGAGCUGGUCAUUUUUGGGAAAUGAGCUUGUUUGCUAUAUCUGGUGCAGAGUCAGAUAAGAGGAUUGAUACCACUCUGACAAUUGUCUGCUAAAUUGGAAGCUCUAGCCAGGCGACUGUUUGCCUCGCUGAGCUCAGCCCAAAGGCAGAAAAUAAGGAAAAUGUUAGUAUAGCCUCCUCCAUGUUUAAUCCAAGGAACAUCUAAAAGAAAAUCUUCAGUUUAAUGUCAGUUUAGUGCUGUGUUUUGGAGGUAACUGUGACUUCAGUUGGGCUUGUAUGUUGAUCUUAUAACAGCAAAACAAAGCUAAGCUAACAGGCUGCAGCAUAUUUGAAUGAACAGAUAUGUGAAUUAUAUCGAUCUUCUCUUUAAAUUCUCUGUAACAAAGCAAAGAGGUGAUUUUCUAAAACGGUUAUAUAUCCCUCCACAGUGUCCCUAAAAUCUUUUGACCGCUGAUGUCAUCACACUGAGUGGUUUCCCUACCAGAGGACAGUGCUCACUUAAGCAGUCGGUACAGUCUGUCACUAUCUCACAUUCAGAGUCCAUCCACACAGCCUGCUGAGUGGGUGGAAAAUACAGAGAGGUGUUAUCAUUAAUAAUGUGUCCUCCAAGCAGUGUGUGGAUUUGGGAUGGAGGUGAGUGAGAAAUGUUAUCUAACAUCUGAAUAUAAUAGUCUCUUGCUUUAAUGGCAGAGUCCAUUUUUGACACAUACAUCAGACCGUCCAUGUGGGCUGUUACUAUGGUGAUUCUAACACUUCUGCCCCUGACAGUAUGGUGUGGCGAUCAGCUGCCAAGUUCCAGAGGGAGAGCUCAUCUAAAGAAUGGCAUUCACUCUAGCUAUGCCAAACCUCUGAUACCCUGCCACGUCUCAUUCUGGACAUAAACUACAAUGUCAGUUUUUCUUCUAAUUUCACUCGUUAUUUCUAAUCGUUGCAACAUCAAGACCAUUUAGUUUGACUCAAAGAUGAGCCUGAUGUGGCUAUUUAUUUGAAUAUUAUGUCUACUGUAUACUGUUUCAUCAUUAAUUUGUACUGUCUGAAUGUAGGACAUGCAGAAGUGUCAUGUUUAGUGUCUUAUUUAUUAUUAACGAAUGUGUAAUUCAGACCUACUGUUGAGUUAUUUGUGUUAGAUGUGCCACUAUUAAAGUUGUCAAGCGUCACCACCGUUUCAUUUCCAUUUUCCUGUCUAUUCGAUAAGACUUCAAUGAUUUUUUGUGCCCUUCUGAAGCUUCUUUGGACCAGUAGCUUCUCUGAAAGCCUGACACACACACACACAAACAUAUAUAAUGUGCACACAUACUCACUUUCCCCCACUGUGUCAGCCCUCAAUCUCCCCCAGAGGGUCCAUCUGCCUAAGAUCUUCAGCCAUCCCUAAAGCCUCCUCCUUCUUGUUUCAAAUGUGUGUGCUUGUUUGUGUGUGGUGUAUGUGUGUGUGUGUGAGAGGGGAUGCAUAUAGUGAGUAUGUCUUCCAGUGUGUGGGUACAUAUGUGUGGUAUGGGGGUGGGAUAAUGAACAAAGUCCUUUUCCCUCCUUUGUCUUCCUACUUGUCCACCCACAGAAACAUGGGGAUAAUCUGUAUAUGCGUGUCUGCUUGUGUGUUUGUGUGAGUGUGAGUGUGUGGGCAUAACUCUCUGUAGUUUAAAAGUAGCUGCUGUUUUUGUCUCCGAGCGAGGGUUGUAGGUGCAAAAGGAAAAACGCUGGAUCUGCAGAGAAAAGGGUGCUUAUAGUGUGAGACAGAAAAAAACAAACAAAAACAAAAACAAGACAAAUGACCCUGCAGCACAAACGCUUACUGUACAGCUGCCCUCCCAUGACUUAGCAUUGAGUCUGCAGUAUUAUGGAUGUCAGGCUGUUUUGACCUUGUCUUUUUGUCAGCAGACUCAAACACAUGCAGAGUCACACAGCCACAACCUCUUUGUACCAUAUGCAUCACGCAGUCGUUUUAAUUGGCCUACAUGAAGGAGCACAGAGUGAAGCAAUUAUUUCACAUCCAGAAAUACCACAGUUAAAUGUACAGCUUAGAUAUCAAGAAUGACUUUACAUUAGUGUCAUGUAACCCAAAGCAGGAAGAUGUUAAAACCCCGGAAAUGUGAGGAAAAUCUGGUGAAUGAAACUGUCAUUCAUGUUUUAUGCCUUCAGUGUUGCUGAGGUUGUAAAAGAUUGAGGAGAUUGUGGCUUUACAUCAAAAGGUAUACAAUGGGGUAUGUCAUAAGAAUAAACCACUGCUGUAUGGAAAACAACUAGACCGUAUGUUAAAAAAGACUGAAAUGACCAUAAAACUUCUAUUAGUAUCCUGGGGUUUUAUUCACUUUGAUCAAUAUACUCAUCCUGCCUUAAUUUGGGACAUAUCUGACAGUAGAGGUUGGCGAUAUUGGUUAAAAAAAUUUCAAUUUUUCCAUUCUGGCGCUAACGAUUAAAAGUCACAGUAAAGAAAAAAGUAUAAUUCCUAUCGAAGUUUUUGACUCCUUCUGUCUUGAGAACCCCACAAAUAUUGUUCGUGGAUGGCACUUCCCAGUUGGCAUAGUCAAAUAAGAUACUUAACUACAAGUUUAAGAAAACUAAUGACAUCAAACAAGUCUAAAAUGUAAAAACACUGUCAACAUUUAUUCAAUACUCUUGUUGCACAGAGUGAACAGCAGCAGUAGAUCCACUGUCUGAUGUCAGGCAUACCUGAUUGCAUUUGUCUAAGCCCCAAUCUUGAAGGAAAGUUUAUUGCAUUUAUCGUGAGAUGGCAGAUAUGAAAGAUAUGAAUUAUCAUGAACGAUAAUUUAUUGCCCAUCCUGAGGAGACAGACUUUUAAUGGUUUUAGAACAAAACUAACUUUUGCCUUGUUAAUAUUUGGUUCUUCGGUUCUGCUGUGAAUAGAUCAAGACUGAAAUAAUAUACAUAACACUUUGAUCUUUCAGGACAGUAUUAACAUUGAAGAUAUCCCCUUACUCUUUUGUUACUUUUCUACUGCCACCCACCCCCCUUUUUUUACAAUCUUUCUUGCAGAACUUUUUAAGGUUUAACUUUAUGUUUCCUCUCAUUCUCCUUCAGGAAUCAUUCUAGAAGUGUCUUGCUGCUUUUGCUGAGCAAACCUGACGAUCUCACAAAAUUAAGGGGUCCCUGUUUUCUCUCUGCCACUGAAUGUUACAUGCUGCUUUUCAUGACACAGAAACCUGAAAAACUGAGACCUGCUGUGAUAAGUCAAAACAUGCUAGAGACCCUCCCCUUAAGCCUGUAUUAGAAGUUUGAUGGUAUUUCAACAUGACAAAAUACAAAUACUUUCUGUUUUCUUUUAUGAUUGCAAGUUUGCUUUGUUUUUGUUUGGUUACCACCAACAUUUUUAAUGAGUUAUAAUAGUAUUUUAUGGGACGGCAUAUUUCAAUGCAGUGUUUGUGCACAUGAAGUAAGUUAGAGGCUUCCAUUUCUGCACCAUGACCACCAUUAGCAGUAUCUGAAGACACUGUGGUAAGGGUAUGAGCAGCUGAUACAGAUGUGAUUUGCUUAAAGCUGAACAUACUCAUACUGAAGUACUUAGAAACCAAAGACGAAAAAAAGGGAUGACAUUUUUAUUUUUGAGUUUUCUCUAUAAACAAAACAAACAUCUGACUGUAAAGAGAAGAUUGACUAUAGCACCAAUUUGAAUAUAUUUCAUGUGUUUUAUUCCACCUGUAUCCGUCCUCCUUCAGGUUACCUGCCUACAGGACUUCUUUGGGAACGAUGACGUGUUUAUCGCCUGUGGCCCAGAGAAGUUCCGCUAUGCCCAGGAUGACUUUGUGUUGGAUCAGAGCGGUAAGGCUUCCACAGCCUUUAUGACUGGUAGGCCUGACUAAGACUAACUCAACAUUCGUCACUGUGUUUGUGGGUGUAUAUGUGUGUGUGUGUUCAUCUUAGUCUCUCCUCCACUGGUCUUUCCUAAAUGGUACUUGCAACACUCUUUUCCUUUAGACAGAUUUGCAGGAUAUAAGAAGUGUUAAUAAGUUUCCCUUUUAUCUUUAGUAAUUUUUCAUAGGGAACAAACAUUUAACAUCAAAAUAUAUUUUUAAAAUCUGUUUCUUAACAAAAAGAUGUAUAUAACUUACACUUAUUCCUGCUGUCAGGUAAGGAAAAGAGGCUGCAUCCAUGUUGUCAGAGUAUUUUACAUCUUUGUGCCUCUGUGUAAGCGUCAGUGUCCAUGUCUGCACACACAGUGUAUUAAGCACACCUUCAGUCAGAUAUCACACCUUUAUCUUGUAUAAGAUCCACAAAGGGUCCAAGAGCACACAGGCAGGAUGUGACCUGCUUAAACCAGCAAAUGUAUUCACUGUACAAACUUCAGCCAGUGACCUUGCAGGAAGGAAGAGGAUUAAUAUAGUAACAGGCCAAGUAUUGACAUCCUGCUUAAUUUUAGUGUUGUUUUGUCAGGUCAGCCAGCAACAGAGGAGCGCAUCCUAACACACGCUGCGCUAACUGUUGCUGAAGAUGCGUGAUGAGAGUUUGAUCGUCUUCAGAGAGAGAGAGUUUAGAGCUUUCGUCCCACUUACACUCCUGUGCUCUACUUUUAAAAAUUAGGGCUCUGACGGAAAAAAAAAGGCACACUGAAGUCUCAGCUGAACGUACAGGAGCUGCUCUUCCUUUUGUAAACCAAUACACACUCUGCAUGGAGUCAAUAAAGAUUUAAUGCGCUGACUGGGGAUUGAAUCAGGGGCAGAACACAAAAGACUGCCAAAACACGUCAAAAUUGUGAUUGCUUAAUCUCUUUUGGCUAGGUUUUGUAUUUAUGAGCAAAGUAAUUAUGAAUCCCUUUAGAGCUGGGCGAUACGGUGAUAUAUAUCACAAUAUAAAAAAAACAAAAUUUAAUAGGUAGCAUGUCUUUUUCAAUACAAUAAGCUACUGCAUCUGUGAGGUCUUUGUGUCUCUUUGAAUUUUUGCGCCAGAGAAAGCGGAUUGAAUGGUCGUCAGGCGCCACAGGGUUCUUGCUCCGCUCAGUUUGUAACCUUUUGCAUUGUGCGUGCUCUGCCGUGUGGCACUGCAUGGUAUUCCCCGACUUUGCGAGAACAUGUACUCGACACAGUUUGCAGUGCACAUUACGCUGCUUCAUGUCCGACCUCAAAAAAACAAAAUACCUCCACACCACCUACGUUUUCAUGCCAGUGUUGACAGUGUUAUCGUCUGUUUAGCCUUCUUCUGCAUUUCUGCCAGGGGUAGCACUCAUUUUCUUUUUUUCUCACCGACAGUGCUGUCGGCUUCACAUUUUUAAGUGUUAUGGUUGCAUGUAGCUGCAACCUGCAGUUGUUUGCUCUUUGUUCUAAUGCAGCACAUGAUUGGUUCAAUGCAAAGCGGUCCCGGAGCAACUCCCCUUUUCAUUGGCUAUUCGUAUUGAAUAUUCCUAUCGAAAAGCAUAUUGACCACGUUUUAUAUUAAUGUUGAGGGAAAUUAAUUUUUGAUAUAUAUCGUUAUCAUUUUAUCGCCCAGCCCUAAAUCCCUUGUAUGAGACAAAGAGUGGAUGAACCAAAAACAUGUAAACAAAACAUUAAACUUUCACAAGAGAUGCAAAUUCCCCUUUACUGAGGUCGUUUAAGAAAUAUGUUUUGUUGUGGUUUCAUAUGUGCACCAGAAACACACCAUGCUGAGCGGCCCUUUUAAUCAGUCAGUGAAAUAUGUGCGUGGUGAUAAAUGGCUCGGGGAGCGCAUUAGGAAUGCACUGUGGGUGUGCGCUGUUGGUGUGUUUUCUUUUUCAUGUGUGUUGUUUUAUUAUACCUCUCACCGCCCCCACCCUCAUUAACACCAGCCUGACAAGUUAACCACAAGCUGCACUACAACAUCUGCUACAACUGCACAUGGCAGCAUAACAUCAACUGUGGCGUUGCAAUGAACACCAGAAAAACCAAAGCCUGUGGAGUGAUUUCCAUGUGUUUCUGGUCUGCAGUGUUUAUCUCAGCCCACCAGAUGAAAACAUGAACCACUGGGAUUGCUUUUUCUGUCAGUCAAGGAUACUAAUAAUGUGAAAACCAUAUAAUGAGAGUUUAUUCUUCUAUUUUAAAAAAUCAAUAGUGACUCCUAAAAUGUGUUUCUGCCAACUAUUCCAAAUAAUGUAGGUGUGAGGGCACUGUGGGGUGAGGUUUGGCUUGUUAAGGAAAAAAAUAACGUUUGUUAAGUAAGGUUCUGCUUAAAUAAAAUCCUUUUAUCGUGUGAGAAAGGAAAAGUAAGAUAUCAUCAGAACCGAUGUCAGGCAUUUCUAAUCACUCGCAUAUUAAGUUGUAGCUUUACUCCUAACUGGAUCCACAGGUUUUGUGUUUGUUCUUUGUGUUUAUAUGUUUUGCCCGAAUUAUCUGCUGUCGUUUUCCUGAGAAUGAAUGAAGUUUCUACAAAAUUCAUAAAAUCAUACCAUCCAGAAAACUUCUGCUCUGGCACAUAAACACUAUCUGAUAGAAGAAGGUUAAUAUAUACGAUCCUGACCCAGAGCCUGCUUCCUCCCCAGAAUGCAGAGUGCUAAAGUCAUCACACAGCCGGUCUACCACUCCAAACCGGACAGCUAAGAGCCCGUCACGACGCAGCAAGUCCCCUGGUGCAGGUGAGAAAGACGACUGUAGAAACUGUCUGCUUUAGCUCUGCUGUAUUCAGACAUAGACAAAACAACAGCUGGUAGACAACCUGAGAGGAUUUGAGUGCAAAGAUGUCUCCCACAAAUAUAAAACCAUCACACCAAGCUGAUAUGAAGUUACACUCCAAGCACAUUUCUGGUUGACAUUUGCUGCCUCAUCUUAAAGCUCUGGCGAGUGACAAAGCAGUUUGCGAGGUUAACUGAGAGCUGGUGACAUAAUGCUGAGUAAUUAGUUUUCAUCAUGUUGAAAGGGGAGUUAUGCUAGCAAGGACUGGUUUGAAGUCUUUAAGUUCAACCUUUAAGUUAUAUUAUCUGAUUUUACUAAUCAUAUGUGCCAAACGUUUUUCUUUUGUCUUUUUGUUUUUGCCUCUGACGCUGCAGUAAGACAUGCAGUCCACUACUCAACCAGUCAGUCUCCAAUCAAAUCCCCAGGUGAGACUCGUGUCACAUUAUGAGCCUUGCAAAGUAAAACACCCAAUCUCAUUUUACAGUGAGAAACAAGGGGGAAAAAAACAAGACCUUAAAAUGUUUGAAGCACAGCGAUCAAGAAAGUUCAUCCUAAACAGUUUAACAUCCAACCUUGAACUCUGUAGUUAAAGGUUGAGAGAGAAGGCGACAAUCAUAGAAGAUCUUUAUUUUUAUAACUGCAUUUUUGCACUCUUUGUCUGUGAUGCUGCUGUGACCAAAAAAUCUUCCCCAUGGGGGAUCAAUAAAGGAAUAUUCUAUUCUAUUCUAUUCUAUUCUCCUAGGUACCACCUUGACUUAGCAGUUUCAUCUGGACAGUGUUGAGGAUUAAGAUUAACAAAGAAUUUCACAAACUUAUUUUCCUCAGUGAUCCCUUAUUUAUUCAUGACGUAUUCAGACACUAAAUGAACCUAGUGCCUCGCCAGCCAACUUUUUAAUGCCUUACCGUCACAGGCUGCCCGCCCUGGCCAGGACUAGACCACAGUGUGUCUUUUAUUAUACACACAGUUAUCUAAAUUGAAAGCUGCUGCAGAAUCCACUCAGUGUAAGACUCGGUGUCCUGAUUAGACUCACUCACUCACUCUUUAGCUGGGCUAAUUAAAUUCUGCUCUAACUGAGCUAAGGUGCUCAGAUUUAAACAAAACGUUGAAAAUAUUAAAGCCUGAUGAACCAGUAGAAUAUUUUAGUCAUCCUCAAAUAUUGCUUCAAAAGUUCCUUCAAAAACGACAAAUACCCAGAGGCAGUCUGAGGGAGAAAAAAAACUGCAAGUGCUGGUACAGUGAAACUUAAUUUCUGAAAUAGCAGUGUAAAGACGCAGCCUGUAGGCAGUGUGAAAUGAUUUUCCAUGGCUCAGCUGGGUUUAUGCAGAUGAAGAGACGUUUAAGUUUGACGCAUUAUGCCUCUGUUUGUGCCAGAAACCGAGAGUGUGUGAGCGGGAAUAGUCUGUUCUUUAGAGAGUGAAUCACUGAAACAAAAGGAGCUCUCACCCCUGCUGUGUGACUCUGCACCUUGUGUUACACACCAAUGUACAUAAUGGAAGCGUCUUAUACUGUUGCACAGAGGAAGUGUAUUAUAAUUAGGUAGUGACACCAAAAACAAAGCAUUUAACACAACACAUGAAACCAGAGAGUUCUAUUACAAUGUUCAGUGUACAAUAUUAUCAUUCAGUUCAACAAUUACUUAAACCUGAAGCAAACAAAUGUGCACCAUAUACGGACAAUGGAAGAAACAAUUAUUGCAGAUGUAGUGCUUGAAAUAUAAAGAAGCAGAUUAUAGGUAAGACUCAUUAUUAGUUUACCUUUCACCAGCUAAAAUAAAGAACAGAAGGGUGACCAGCAGAGUGAAAGAGUAAAAAAAGAAAGUGUCUGCAGAUGAUUAUAUGCUUCUAAAUCAGUGCGUCCAAACUGCUCAUUCUUGAAAAAGUCACUGGGAAACAGUCUGUGACACUCAUACAGUAGAGAUGCACCGAUCCAUUUUUUUACAAUCCAAUCCGAUGCCAAUACCUGGGCUAAAGGUUUCGGUCGAUAUCCGAUACCGAUCCAAUACUACCGUUGAAUGAAUGAACUGUAUACCUUGCCCUGUGAGUGAAGGCAUCAGGCUUGACAUUAGCCUUGUUAAAAAAAGGUAACAAAUUAACUUAAUAUUAUUUAAUAACAAAUAGCAAAUUGCACAUUAGCACACAGCAAAAAUAAGUAAGACUUCCAUGUGAACAUUUAGUGUAAAAGGACAGACAGACGUAGAAUAUAGAGCGAAUAGAAUGACUGUGUUUCUGUGUGUGAUAUCAAUUAAAAGAAAAAAGAAUGACUGGAUCUGCGUCAUUCAUCAGAUAUCCGAUCCAGUUAAUUUGUCAAUACCGGAGCCGAUAUCUGAUCCAACUAUCAGAUCGGUGCAUCCCUAUCAUACGGUAUACAAUGAGAUAAACACUCUUUAAAAUCACGACAGCAGUAACUCUUGUGUUUUCUCUUGUGUCUGUUUCAAUAGUGAAUGGUGUAUCAAGCAGUCAAAUAUCCACUCCUAAGUCCAACAAGUCCUCCACUCCGUCUCCCACCAGCCCCAGAACUAUUGCUAGUUUUAAGGUAAGUAGUACUCUCACCUGUCAGCUUCACAUGUCUUUAGUUUGUUUUUUUGUUCGUUCGGCACAUUUAAUUUGGAAGAAUGAUGACAAAUUCUUAUUUCUGAUGCAUCACUUGUGUAUUUGUGCAAAAUGGACCCUCCCUGCAUCUGUCUUCCACUACCUGCACCAAAAAUCUAGCCUUACCGCAACAUGUCCAGAACCUGUUUAAACUGAGGGACUCUAUUUACAACCCAAGAGGCUGUGUAUUAUCUGAGAAACUGAGAUGGCGAACAAAUGUCAACAAUUUUUGUGUGUCUGUAAAAGAGGUGAAAAUAUGAAACGACUGUCCGGUAAAAAUUAGAAAAUGUAGUACUCUGAUAAGCUUUAAGAGACUUUACAAGAAUAAUGUUGUUUCUCAAUAUUGUAGAGAAUGUAAAGUGUAAAGCAUGUUCAUUACUCUGUCUGAUUUGAAGAGUGAAUAUAUAUUGAAGUGUUGAUAUUUGUAUGAAGAGUGUAUCUGUAUGAUGUACUUUAUGUAUAGUAUAAGGGAUAGGUCUUCAUGAGCAUUGCUUCUGCCCACACCCUUUCAGUCAUAUUUUACUGAAAUAGAAUCCUAAAUCCUAACCUUCACCAGUCGCUGCUGUGGUGCAUUACUUGGUUUUCGAGCAGGUCUUUCACUGCAGAGAUAAAGUCUGUACUUUAAGGUGGAGGAUGAGGCCUGAUCGUAUUGACCUACUUCACACAAAAUGAUGAAAUAUGUCGGUAAAGUUAAGGCAAGAGAUCGCCGACUGUCUGACCCACAGAUUUGUGUCGAGCACAUGUUGCAGCUCUUUGAUGUAUUUUUGUUGGAGUCUGACACACUAAUCUGGUUUAUUGAUGGACUCUCCAGUGAGCUGCAUGUUAGCCUCAGACUACAGAGUUUUUAACUGCUGCAGCCAGCUGGAAAACUUCCUGCAGACACUAUGUCUUUGUAAACCCAGUCAAAGACUUAUCAGUCCAUGGUGAUUGAGCCGAAUAUUAGAUUCUAUGAUUUACUGACAGUCUUUAAAAAAUCCCUGGCAGAGGCUGAGUGGAAUAACAUUUUUGAAAACUAUCAUUAAUGAAGUAGCACAAGGUUGUUAAUGAUGUAGCUGCCUCUCUCUUUAGUCAGGUGAACUGAAGCCUUAGAAAGGAGUUAUGUACCCGCAGAAAAAGCUUUUUUAUGUAGCCACUGCUAAGAAAAAACCUUUCGAAGGCGCCGCUUUUUCACUCUGGUCCAGAGGGUCAACCUUUUAGUCUAAAUAAUAGAUCCUUAAUUCACAUUAAUGUACAUCAAGGUACAGCAGGACAUCACUGUACAGCAUGGGAAAGACCAUUGGUCUGAUUUUUAGGCUGGUGACAUAAAUUUAUGGCUGACAUUUUAAAAAUAUAGCUUUAAGAGGAUGAAAUUGCCUCUGCUGCGGUCUGCAGAAGUGAUGCUCAUAACAAAUGAAUGAUUCAUUGGCAGCCUUAAUGACUUGAUGUGCAGUGAUAAGUGGGUAUACAGAAACAGAUCCAGGAGCUCUGACAGGUUUUGAAGGACAAGCUAAAAUUAGAGCGAGAUUUAAAGAAAUGAUGUGUGUAUAUUUUGGGUUAAAUUUACAGGCUGUUUAUUGUGCUUUUUAUAUUGACACUGAAGGGAAAUCAUCUGAAACAUUAGAGCAACAAAUUGUCAACAGCCAAGGCAAACAAGAAAGUCACCUAUCGUUACCAAUCAGGGAAAUUUGUUGGCCUAUGGUUGCCGAGGUGAUUUGUGUGAAGGUUUUGCUGUGGGCCUAUUGCUCAUCUCUAUUUUUGUUUUGUUUUUGAAUCUGCAGAUCCCUCCUUCACAUCACAACUCUUUGCCGAAUGUAAAUGGCUCAUUGAACAACCACAAGGAAACAAGUCGGCUGAGUCCAGAGAGUGAGUCUUUUCCUCUCCCCUCCCCUUCUCUCCUCUCCUCUCCUGAGUCAUCCACCUGAUCUGCCAACUCAGGCAAUGCUUAUACGUGAACUCCCUCACCCUGUAGCACAUGGUGAUGACAUUGACUGUCACAUUCAAAUGACUGUCAUCUUCUCCCAUCAGGACACAUUUGCUUACCCAUCAAAUCUGGCACAGAGUCGGCCUCAUGUGGAGGAUGAAAGGCAGAUUUCUCCCUGCUUUUUGAGCAAAUACUUAACUAGAUGAUUUGAGGCUUGCAUGUUUUCUAAUACUGCUUCUCAGAUUACUAAUUGCUACAUGAGGAUAAGUGGAGUCCCAGUGUGACUUGUCGCUUGUUUGUUGUUUUCUUACACAGCAUGUGGUCCCAUAAUUCAGUCUGUGAACUUGUUGACUUAUUGUCAUUUUAUGAAGCCACAGGACUUGUCUGUGGCCUUUUGUAACCUCUGUCUCUCCUCACUAGUAAACGGAAACCUGCCUGCCUCCACCAUCUCGGAGAAAUACAAGAUCGGCAAGGUCAUCGGAGAUGGCAACUUUGCAGUGGUCAAAGAGUGUGUGGAGAGGUGCGUGAAAAACAUUCAACCACACUAGGAAUACUUAAUGCCAAGUUGGCAGCUGUGAUCAUUUCACAGCAGCCUGACACAUUGUGCAGCUUAAUGAGACACGCAUCACGUGUGGUCACUGCUCCAUCAGGCUUUUUAAGUCCCGAUGACAAGGCAUUGUGGAGAUGGAAAUAUCCCAUGGAUUAAACCCAGUGGUGAAUUCACUUCAUUAGCCUUUUAAUCUCUAAGUCAACACACCGCUUAGGAAGACAGGGGGAUGAUGAUGAUGCAAGAAGGGGAAGUGUCUGAGUUCACGUAAUCUAACGCAAAGUCCUGGAAAGUAGUUUAAAGCUCCCGCUGGAGUAUCUCGAAAACAAACAGUGGUGAUCACAGAAAGGGCACAAAUGUAUGAGUCAUGUUACAACCACUUCACUGCUUAAUUUCUCCAAGAUUGUGUUCUUUGCUGCUCAAUUCAACUUAAAGGGAUAUUCUGGUGUAAAGUUAAGUUAGGGUCAAACACACCGUAACAACGAGUUAGUCACCUCCUCGAGAGAUGAAUCUUGCCAACCGCUUGCUUCUCUAGUUAUACCAACUUUAGUAACGACUGCAGAUAGCAAUACAGAGAGCCACGCGCUCAACCAAAACGCCACUCUAUAGCCACAGAUAAUGCUCAGAACAGCACCUAACUUCAUCAACAGUUCAUAUGGGGUCCCAGGCACAGCACUAGCUACCAAACAUCUUUUUAACUUUGCCUGAUUUAUUUAGCAAAGAGACUAAACAAAACUUACCUACUCUCUUCCAGCAGCCGCUUGUUUGUACGGAGACCUCCGGGCGAGUCCAUCAACUGCAGCGGGGUGACGCAGCUCAAGGAAGAACAUUUAUGAUCAUUACUUUAUCAUUUCCUUAAAGUAAUAAUCAUCAUAAUAAUCAUUUUGCACUGCAGACGUGGUAGUUCUUCUGCCUUAGCGUCUCAAUCUGAUUGCAUUUCCAUGAAGAAAUGAUCAUAAAUAUUCUUCCUUGAGCUGCGUCACCCAUUGUGCAUUGUGGUUCACUUCAUUUCUUUUCAACAGGAAACAAUGUACGGUCUAACAUGGAAAAAUAUCAGAUUUGUUACUUAAACAUCAAGGUGUUCCACAGGGCACAGAAGUGGGUCCACUUCUCUUUUUGUCUAAAGUAUUGGGAUCAGUCUUUGAUAACUGACAUGUUCAACUUCAUUUCAGUGGCACUUAUUUGUAAAAUUACAAAUUUUAGCUUCCCUCCAGUCUGAUUUCAGCAUUUUACUAGACUGGAUUAUAUCCAAUAAACUACUCCUCCUAUAUAAUGAUAUUUGGUACCAAAAAGAAACUCAAAUCCACUGAUCAUAGCACUUCUCUGCAUUAGUAAAAAAGAUGUCUGUAUUUUCUCACGUAAGUCACAUCGGUAACGCUGUCUUUUACGGUACACUUAUUACCAGGUAAUUAACAGGUAAUUACCUAGUAACAACAUGAAAUUAUCUGGUAAUUACAUGAUAACUACUAAGUCAAUACUGUCUAGCUACCAGGUAGGUAACCUUCCAUCAUCAUACAAAUUUGAAGCCGAAUUGCUCUGGUAUUUCCAGGAUUUUCCCCACUUCCUGGAACCAGUAGCAUUGUACACAUUUGGCGGGUGAGUCGCUGUGAUAAUGCUCGGCUCAAACAGCGUAUCACUACGCAAUCUUCGCACGCCCAUAGGCUGUAUCAAGUGUCAAUCAUAGAAAAUAAGAACCCCAAAUAGCUUUUGAAAAUGGAGCUGCAAAGAAAAAAGAAAAAAAGAAAAACUAGAGGGAAUUGACUUAGUAGUUAUCAUGUAAUAACCAGAUGAUUUCAUGUUGUUACUAGGUAAUUACCUGUUAAUUACCUGGUAAUGAGUGUACCGUGAAAGAAAGGGUUACCAUCACAUCUUGAUUUUGUUCUAAACAAAUUAAAUUACUCAGCAAAAUUUCACAAUAUGAACAACAAAUAUGACUUUUUAGAAGACAUCAGUGGAAGAGUGUGAGCUCACUGUUGGGUGUGCUUUAAAGUGAAACAGAGCUGUAUUCUAACCUUCUACAUCAGUUAUGCUGCAUGAGGUCAAAGGUGAAACAAACUUGAAACUUGUGACCUGAGAUGGAAGUAAAAGACAAUCCACCCCCCCAGUGUUGAGUUACCUUUAAAAGUGUCCAGGUCUUUGAUCCUACCUGUUUUUUUACGAGCUGUAUAAUCCUGACUAGUACAGAAAACACAUGUUUCCAAUAAUCUCCCUGUGGUGGUGCUCCAGCUCACCGUAACUGCAGCUCUCCUGUGAGCACUUGAUCUGUAUUAUAGACAUAGUUGCAGCGUCAGUGCUGUUUUUAUUGUCCGCUCUAAUUGCGUUGUUUCUCCUCAGGUCCACAGGAAAAGAAUUUGCACUGAAGAUCAUCGACAAGGCCAAGUGCAGUGGCAAGGUCUCACCCUGUCUCCUUUUUCCUCUCCAUCCCCUUCUCUCAUUUCUUUUUUUUCCUUUUUGACAGAUGAAAUGAGAAAGGGAUGCACACACUCCUAAAGUGUGUCACACUCAUAUGUCAGUACUCCACUGUGCAUUAUUAACAAUGACACCCAAAGCACAUAGUCACCUGCUUCCUACACAGUUACAUUGAGCUUGUAAUGUUUAAUUCAUCCCCUCACAGUAAUUAUCUCUGCACUUUCACAAUUAGGCAAUGAAACACACUGAAUCACACACCCUUGACACCAUUUCAGACUGAAUCAACAAUGCAGCUUCUUUUUAUUAACACAAUAGCCUCUGUGUAAACGCUGUGUACUCUUGUUUUCAUGAUAUGUCUCGGCUUGUUUCCAGGAGCAUCUCAUAGAGAAUGAGGUCGCUGUGCUGCGGAGGGUCAAACAUCCCAACAUCAUCAUGUUAAUAGAGGAGGUGGACACUUCCUCUGAGCUCUACCUGGUGAUGGAGCUUGUCAAGGUACAAGAGAGUCUAAUAGAGGGUCAGCGCAGUGCUCAUUUCUCCGUGCAUUUUAGCGUUUAAUCAGUUUAUUGAUGUUGGCGCAGGGAGGGGAUUUAUUCGAUGCCAUCACCUCCUCGGCCAAAUACACAGAGAGAGAUGCCACUGUCAUGGUGUACAACCUUGCUGCAGCUCUGAAGUACCUGCACAACAUGAGUAUCGUCCACAGAGACAUUAAACCAGAAAACCUGCUGGUGUGUAAGAUUUCUUUUUAUAACAAUGGAAAACUUUGAGUAAAAAAGGCCCCUAAUUGAUGAUGUGUUAAACUUUAGGUGUUUGAGUAUCCAGAUGGCACUAAAUCACUGAAACUGGGGGACUUUGGUCUGGCCACGGUGGUGGAAGGACCUUUAUAUACUGUGUGUGGAACACCGACAUAUGUGGCUCCAGAAAUCAUCUCGGAGUCGGGGUAAGCUAAAUCUAACAGAUGUAAAAUUACUAUUUAAGGCAUGUGUAUAUAUAUAUUGUUUAUAUCUUGUUUUUCAUUCUGUUGUCUUUUCAGUAUUUUAUUAUAUUUUGUAGGGCUGCUAUAAGAAUUUAAUUUCCCUUCGGGGAUUAAUAAAGUCAUCUAUGUAUGUAUGGAUGUAUCUAUGUAUCUAUCUAUCUAUCUAUCUAUCUAUGUAUCUAUCUAUCUAUCUAUCUAUCUAUCUAUCUAUCUAUCUAUCUAUGUAUCUAUCUAUCUAUCUAUCUAUCUAUCUAUCUAUCUAUCUAUCUAUCUAUCUAUCUAUCUAUCUAUCUAUCUAUCUAUCUAUCUAUCUAAAGAAGCAUUUUUGGGUUGUUAGUUUAGAAAAUUAAAACAGACGCAGAAAUGCCAUUGAGCUAGUUCAGGCGUGCAACUGGAGCUGCACUGAUUUUACAAUUGACACAAGUGGCUUUGUAACAGUUGAUAUUCUAGUCAAUAUUAGUCAUAAAAAUCUCAGUCACUUAAUCUCUGCAGUAUCUUACUGAGAUAAUUUAGGACCAAAACACUGAAAACAAGUGAAACACUCUAACAUGUAAACUGCCAGGUAAGAAGAACUAUCCUGUCAGACCAAAAAUAAGCUAAUAUCACCCGGAUAUAAGAUAUUUCAUGUUACUUAGAUUUCAGUUUUUGCAGUGUACAAGUUAACUUUCAGUUAUCUCUUUCACCCUCCUCUGUUAUCACCGAGCCUGCCCUAACACUAACGCUGUGCUCCGGCUCUCAGCCUCACUACCUCCUCAGCGUCCACCUGCAGGCUCCAAUUAUAGAGUUAUACAGAUGAGUUAUUGUCUCAUCACUCCUCAGAUUUCUGCAUGUAAAAUAAAUCUAAGAAGAGUGAUGAGGUCGGAGCCUAGAUGCCAAAUACAAAUAACGUUCUGCUGCUGCUAAUAAAGCAUUACAACAUGGGCUGUCUGACUGAACUGCUAUUUGUGAAGUUGCAGGGCAGAAAGGUAGAAAAAUCGUGUGCAAUCAGUUGUAUGGAGAUCAAAUAGAGAUUUUGUGUCCCAGCUUAAUAAAUCAACUGACACACACCAUAAAGAUUUGUAAAGGAGUUAUUUCCUUGUAAUUUUAUCACACUAAAAACUCUCUUUGUGUGAUUUCGACAUGUACUUCUCUAUAACAGUUUUAUAUCUGGUGUGUUUUUGUAAUAAUUGGUAACGCUGGGAUGAUGAAUGUGUCCCUUCUCUUUCCACAGCUACGGUCUGAAGGUGGACAUCUGGGCUGCAGGUGUCAUCACCUACAUCCUCCUGUGUGGCUUCCCUCCAUUUAGAAGGUACAGAUCCUCAGUGCAUUUGUGCUGAAAACAUCUUUUUUCUUUGGCCUCAUUAUUUGCAGAUUAUUUUUUUUCUUCCUUUUCAAUGAUCUUUACUCACAAACACAGUUUGAUGUGCUGAGUUGUUGUCUCGGGAAGUGUCAUGCUUUAGCCUUGGGAGAGGGAUUUGAUUUUAAUUUAGUGACACAUGCUCUCAAUCUUUAGCUUUUGUGAUAUCCCAAGACUAGGUGAAUGGAAAAUAUUGUUUAUAAUCAUGCACAUUUAGACACAUAGAGUGUGGAUGUGUGAUAUUUAAUAUAUAUUGAGUUUUACAGUAUGGAAAAUGUGUUUACUCUGUGUCUUUGUGUCUCUCUAAAUGCAGUGAGAGUAACCUCCAGGAAGAUCUCUUUGACCAGAUUCUUCAGGGGCACCUGGACUUUCCCAGUCCUUACUGGAACAACAUCACUGACUCUGCCAAGGUUCGAAUCACACACAUGUUACAACAGCACAUAUAUAUAUCUGUAUCCCUCAAAGUGGUAUUAGAUCUAGAAAAGGGUUGAGAGAAGCGAUGCACAGGCAAACCUGGACUUUAACGUCAUCAGCAAACAGAGUGUGGUUCUGAUAGUUCGCUUUAAAGGUCCAAAUAAUUCAGUUGAAACAUACACCUCCAUGUGAACCCGCAUUGUUCACACUCCUGUAAUGACUACUGUCUGCCAAAGGACACAGGAACCCCUCCAGCCCUUGAAAUUACUGUCAUGUAUUAAGGUGACAGCUCGCUCUCAGCAUGCAGAACCAGACUGCUAAUUAAAGUCCCUGCCGUUACAGUGGCCCUGUCACAUCAGACAAGUGCACAGUGAGGGACACCACAGCAUGAAACCACUUGCAUUUAAGUAGCUGGUGGACAUAAAAGUUCUUACAAAUGUGCAUCAUGUAAAAUUAAACAAGAAGAUGAUUCGAGCUUCACUAUUUAUGUUUGUUUUUGAGGCACAACAGGUAAAAUGAUGGUAACCUAAAAGGUAAAUAAAUAAAGUAAAUUUUAAAAACUCACUUAUUUAAAAUUGCUUUUAAUAUUUAACUGUUUUGUUCAUCUUACUGUUUUCAUGUCUUUGUUUUAUUAUCUUGAAUUUUACGUACUAUGUAAAGCGUCUGAGUGUUUUUAAAAGCACUCUACAAAUAAAAUGAAUUAUUAUUAUUAUUAUUAUUAAAUAUUCAUCAUCUGCUACCUCAUUGCUUGGCUAAUUAUUGUCUGUAUUAGUCUCAAUACUUCCACUGGAACUGGUUUUAGCAAGAAAACUACAGAAAAUCUGCUGCGUGUUUUCUCCCUCAGCACCAAAAGAUAAUACACAGAUGCAGCUCGAGGGCCAGGUAUUUAACCUGAAGGAGAAAUGGAGACCCACACAGAGAUAAAAAUAGAUCAUGUUUGUUUCUAUUAUCCAUUUAGUGCCAAGAAACAUGACUCUAAAACGGAUGCUUAUGUUGUAACAGAUUGAAAUAGUAGCUCUUUCCUCAAAGUUUGGCAAUAUCAGCUAAAGUUAAUGUGCCUCAGAUUGUAAUGGGAGUUCUGCUUCCACCAAAUCUGAUUAUUACAGUGAACUGAGUUAUGCAACCAUGGUAACCCAAUCUGCAUAGCAUCAUCUUUUAUUCACAGUACAAUCAAGAAAUCAGUUCCAUCAAGUUACAGCUCAGUACUGAGUGUGUUUGUUGUUGGACGUAGAUCACAUUGAUGAAGUGGAGCUGAAACAUAGUGAAGCCUGUAAACUGCUGCUGUCCUUCGUUGCAGGAGCUGAUAGGAAAAAUGCUGACGGUCAAUGCUGAGGCCCGAUACACAGCACAAGACAUCCUCUCCCACCCUUGGGUCACGGUAUCUCACAGCCCUGUUUUUUUGAUUUGUUUCUGCUCAUGUUUGUUUCCACAUAACUUCUGUUUUUACUCGGGAACAUGGAUGAUGUCUCUGUACCAUACCACCUCAUCUCAUUGCAUGUCUGUGUGUAUGUGUUAGGAUGAUGCAGUCAUGGAGAACAACAUGAAGAUGGAGGUCACAGGUAAACUGAAGACACAUUUUGACACUGCGCCUAAGUACAACAACACCACAGCUGGGGUGUCGGUCAUUAUGGUAAGCACCGAGAACUGUACACAAAGCAUUUGUAAUUGAGACACUCCCAUCAUCACAUUUACUGAGGACAUUUUCAACAAUACUCUUUUACCCCUCAUGUGAUUUUGGACUUUCAAUGAUUCUUGUAAGAUUCAAAAAUUGAGGGGUUUACGGGGAUUGAAUUCUAAUCACAGAGGUGUCUUCAACAGCUUCAACAUGUCAGGCCGUUUUCCAAACUGUUCUUGCAUAGCAGGGAAUGCUUGACCCAGAUAGAGAAAAUUGAGCCCUACUAAUUCACUUUUCAUGAAGCCCAUGCCCAAAAAUAUGUGGCCUAAAUCAUCGUCCAAAAACAACUCGCGGUGCUGUAAACAUGUCUGACAAGGUCUUAGAGAUGAACGAUCAGUGGGAGGUAAUAGAGCCUCAUGUUACACACAAAUGGAAAAUGGACCGUACGACACAGAGCGCUGCCUUUUAAUUUCGCUUGUUUGAUGCCAUUAUGUGUGUUCGGUUAUUUACAUAUGGUGGCAGCAGGUGGAGAUGUUGCAGCUGAGGGCACACUGCCAGUGUUACCCAUCAAAAAGAAUACCUUGGUGGUCCAUCAAAGCAUAUUUGUCAACCAUUUAUAUAUUUUUUUUAUGUAAGAUAACCAUCUGCUACAACCAGACAGAGAGAGAGACUUAAAUGAUAACAUAAAGAUCUGGCAGAGCAGACUUCGGGGUCCUUUCAAAUUUAAAGCAUUUAUGCCAAAAGAGAAAAUAAGGUCACGUAACAAGGUUAACGUAACAGUUUAAUGAAAGCACUAUAAUGAGGAGUGUUUUUUGAGGACUGUCUUGCCUAAAGCAGAAGGACAAACUGAGUUAUUUUGGCCCUCGUAAAAAUAAGAGUAUCUUCUUAUGACUUGAGUGUGUCCAAACAUUCCUAGCUGGAGGCAGAAGAAGUCAUUACCUUAUUGUUCACAUUCUUCCUUUCUGUCAGAUCCAAACUUCACCUGCAUCACUUCCUGUUGUACAGUUUGACUUCCAGUUUUUCCCCUCCCCAUGUCAUCAGGUCACCCUACCCAUCAGCCCCUGCUCUUUUGUCUGUCUCGCUGAACUGAAAGCAGGAAACGGGAGGGGGCUGUCUCAUGAGAAAUUUGAUUUGAUCUCCUCUGUAAAGAGCCUCAUCUUUGUUGUAAAUCUCAUUUGACAGUUUGAGGUGUAAGCUCGGGCCAUGACCUCGCCCCCCCCCCCCCUCCUCCCCUUCUUCCUCAUCCACCUCCUCUUCCUCCAUCCUCUUCUCCACCCCUCCUUCACACUCGACCCAGGACCACAGGGGACGCCUGGAGCUGAGAGCCUGGUACACACUUCAUACACCCCCGCCCCCCCACCCUCACUCUGCUCCAUUCUGCUGGCCUUCUUCCUUUGCAGCCAUCACCCUUCCCCUCACACCUCCCCCUCUGCUCUCCCUCCCUUCCUUCCUCUUCCUUCCUGUUUCUUUCUCAGGCCCCCCUGCCCCUCUUCUCUGGUCUCCAGCUGCAGUAACCCCUCACUAUCACUAACUGGAGCUCACUAAUGCCUUCCCAACAUGCACUCUGCCCUGGAUUCACCCGUCAGUACUCUGCCUCCUCACUCACAUGUCAUCCUAUUUGUUUCCGAAACAGAAACGUCUUGACUGGCUGUGUCAAAAAUCUCGUGUUUUGAAGGAUGUUUGCUAAAGCACAUUGUCACUCAUAAUGUUCACAGUGCUAACGCAGUCUGCAGUGUUAUUUUGCUCCCCUCUCUGCUAAUAAAAUCAGCUUUCUUCAACAAAUCUUUACUUUUAGCUCAGCAUGGUUAAUGGUGCUGUGGCGCCACCUUGUGGAGAAUAGAGAACUGUGCUGUACAGCUCUAGAUUGCUGUAGAAAUAGAUAUAAACAAAUGCAGCUUUAUUAUAUUAGAUACAAGAUCCACCUGUACAGUUUAAAGACAAGGAAGACUGCAUUCAGUGUUUGUGACACUCAGUGCAAAUUAUAUGGAAAACCCACCUCUCUAAAAUUAAGUAAGAAAUACGGUUUGUAAUAGAUUUAGUCCUUACUUAUAUUUAAAUAUACUGGAAGCCAAUACAGAGACUUUAAAAUGGGAAUCCUCUUUCUUUCUGGUCUUCAUCAGUAUUCUUGUUGCUGAGUUUUAGAGCAGCUGAAGCAGGCAGAUGUUCAAUUUGAAGAGACCAGAAAGAGGGGUGUUACAACCCUCAAUUCUACAUGUGAUAAAAGCAUGAACUAGAGUCUCCACAUUGGCUUGAGAAAGAAACUGUUGCACUCUUGUGAUAUUUUUCACUUUUUUAGAUAUUUCUCUAAGCUAAGGUCAGAGUCAAGGGUCUGCUGACAGGGGUUUAAAGAAAGUUUUGAUCUUCUUGUGUUGGGCCCCAGUACAGAUGACUAAAACCUGAGUUUUGUCCUGGUUAAGCAUUAAAAAGUCCUCUGCCAUGAGUUGAUAUGUAGAAUACAGUCAAUUGAUAAUAGAGUUGUUGAACCUGAUGAGAUGUCACUUCAUAAGCGCUCAGGUGUGCCUCUGUAAAAGAAUGGGUAACACUUUACUUGACGCCUAUCUCUAUCACCCAUUAUAAACGUAUGUAUAAUACGUUAUUAUCACAUUAUAGCACUGUACAAUUAUAGUUAUAAACACUCAUAAAUGAUCAUAAUGAUUUGUAAUAAUAAUAUAACACAUUAUAAAGCAUUUUAUCAUGACUUACAAGGUCAGGUAUUAUAAUGUGUUAUAACUGUUAACAACCCACUGACAAUGCCCACAUAGAUAAUGCAUUAUACAUUUAUUUAUGAUGUGUUAUAAUUUGCUUCAAAACUUGUAUAACUAUCAUUAUAAACACUCAUUAAUUAACAUAAGACUUCAUAACAAUAAGCACAUGAUAAUACCUGACCUUGUAAGUCAUAAUAAAAUUCUUUAUAAUGUGUUGUGAUUAUUGCUAUAAAGCAUUAUGUUAUAGUUAUACAGUGCUAUAAUGUGAUAAUAACACAUUAUACAUAUAUUUAUAAUGCGUUAUAAAUAAGUGUUACCAAAAAUGUUAUUCCUUUGAUUUAUUUGACAAGUUUAUUUACAUCAUCAGGACAGGAGAUGUGGGGUUUGAUUGAAUAAUCCCAGUGCUCAUGUUUAUAGUAUUUAAAGCUACUGUAAGGAGAUUUUGGCGAGCCAUCAAACAGAAUGAUACGCAUGCUGCUGCCUCUUAAUCAGCUACAAAAGCAAACAAGACCAUCUGAAACAAGAUUGACUAUUUUGACUCUGUCAUUUUCAACACCUGUAAUUGCUGGCAUGCGUUUCUUGUCGGAUCAAGUGUGCUCAAAAAGUUCCUCACAGAGUUAUCAAAGGAGAUUUCGGGCUCAUUCAUGAGUCUCUUUUUAAUUAAACAGAGCCAACAGUUGCACGCUUAAAUUGAUAAUUUGUUGUUUUAUUCGUUUAGCUAAAAAACCAUUUAAUCACAUCUUAACACAGCUCUACUCUACUGGAUGUGAUGUAGAUCCAGUGUAGCUCCCAUGUGUUUCCUCCUGAACUAGUCUCUCAGUCUUACACAUUGUUCCAGUUCAGUCCUUUAAAGAGCAAACAUUUGGAUUAUGACCGAACUAUCUGAAACCUGAUUAAGACUGAGCUGGAACAACAUCUGUCCACUGGCUGUCAUGCUUGUUGUGUUGACUUUAUUUUUGUGACGCUGUGAGUAAGACCAGUCUCUGUCCCUUUUUUGCUUUUUUUCCCCUCUCCCUGCAUUACGCCCCUCUGAUUUAGCUCCAAGGCAAUGGUAUGUACUAACACUGAACGCUCUGCCUCAUCUGUGCUGCUGCUGCUGCUGAGACUCAGCACAAGGGCAAAUGAGGAACAUGACAUUUACUGUUUCAGUCUUUCAUAUGUUGAUCACAUCAUUGGUUUUACUUGACAUAAAAGCAUCAAACAUACAAACAUCUAAUGAAUGAAAGAGUAAACGUCUAGUUUCUCAUUUGCCCUCUCUGCACUGAAACAAUAAUGAUCUUUUUUUCCUUACUUGUGGGGUCUGUGUACUGUGCCAAGCAUACUGUCCUUUUGUUCAAGCAUAUUUCAGUUAUUUGUGUUCAUUUUCAUUUCAUCAUGUUUCUCGUUUACUCAUAAAGAUCAUUGAGAAUAAAAACUGAGUUAGAAGUUCAUGAUUGUAGAAAUAAGAAGAAAACACAUUACUGAUCCUUCAAGCUAAAACUCCUACAGGACUACAGAAUUUUAAUAAGACCCCCUGAAUUUGGUGUAGAUUGACCUUAGAUACCUCUGCUGUCUCAGCUUUAAAAAGAGUUUCAGAAAUCAAGGAUAAUGGUCUUUCUUUGUGUCUGUUUUCCCAGAACACAGCUCUAGAUAAGGAGACCCUCCAGGUCACCAAUGGUCGCCGCCCAGGGCCCAAAAGCAAGCCGUGUCCAUCAUCAUCAUCAGCCGGUAAAAAAGUCCCAUCUGCCGUCCUAUCAAAGUCAGGGGCAGCCUCUCCAACCAAACGUAUACCCUGUGAAAAAGAACCAAAACCUGCUGCUGCCACUGCGGCCGCUUUCCUCGGCACACCUGAGAUGGGUGAGACAGCUGUGCCUCCCUCUGCUCCGGUUAGUUCGCUCCGUUUCUCCCCUUCACCGACCGCUGAAACUCUCCCUCUCAGCUCUUUGUCUGUUUCUUCUCUCCCCGAGUUAAAAACAUCACCAACAUCACCCUCCUGCACCCCCUAUUUAUCACUUGAACCUCCAACACCCUCCUCUCCUCCUGAGCUUUUCACCCAAACAACUCCCUCUACACCUGUCUCUGCUCCUUCCCCAUCAACUCCAACCAAAGCAGUCCCAACCCCGACUGGACAAGCUACUCUUUCUCCUCCUCCUUCCCCGGAAAAACUGGCCUCAAGCCAGACCCAACCAGAUCUUCCUUCUCCAUCUUCUCCCACCAAACUUGAACCUCCUUCUCCCUCUUCUCCCACCAAACUUGAUUCUCCUUCCCCCUCUUCUCCCACCAAACUUGAUUCUCCUUCUCCCUCUUCUCCCACCAAACUUGAUUCUCCUCCUCCCUCUUUUCCCACCAAACUUGAUUCUCCUUCUCCCUCUCCUCCCACCAAGCCCGACACUGCUUCCCCCUCCUCUCUCAGCAAACUUGAUGACCCCCCUCCCUCCUCUUCUCCCGCCGAGCUUGACACUGCCCUUCCCUUUUCUCCUUCCAAACUUAACUCUUCUCUCUCUUCUCCCACCAUGCACGACACUUUUUCUCCCUCUUGUCAGACCAUCCUUGAGUCUGCCUCUCCCUCUUCUCCAAACAAAUUAGCUUUUCACCCUGAGUCUUCUCCCUCCAAAACAUCUUCUCUUCCCUCCCCCUCUCCCCCGGGUUCCCCCUCUAUUCCCAAUAAGCAAGCCCUGUCAUCGCCAACCAAAGAUGUGGCGUCCCUGUCUCUCUCCCCUACUGAACAAGCUUCUCCCUCCCCACUUUCCCCCAUCAAACCUGUUGUGUUUUUCCCUCUCUCCUCCCCAACCAAACAAGGACCCCCUUCCCCUUCCUCAAUCCAUCCAAUGCUGUUCCCCUCUCCUCCCUCAACACCCCCUAGAUCCACAACCCCUCCCUCUCCCAGUCAUCUCCCUGAUAAUGAGGAGCUUAUGGAGCAGUUUUAGGUUAAUUCUCCGGCUGGUGUCACACCUCUCUCGCUCCAAACCUUACCAUGUGUGGAUCAGAAAAACACAGGAGGAGUGGGCUGAUACUCCACCUCAAGCGUUUUCAGUUGCUGUAAGCUGAGCCAGGAACAUCUGUGUCUACGUUUUUUCUUAUUCACAGCCAACUCAUUUCCAGAGACAGAUGAUCGGAGGCGUUUUCUGAAAGUUAAUCAACUGUAUUUAUGUUUGUAUUUAUCAACAAAGGGAAUGAACUGAAUAUAUCUCUAUUCGGAGUGGUUUGUCUUUGGCAGUCAUGUUCACGUUCUUUUAUUUAUUAUCUCAUGUUGACUCUCUGUGGCUGUGUUGUAAAUAGUAAUUCAUCACACACAUCCUGUGAAACUCUUUUCUGCUUAUUAAAGAAACAGUGUGUCCCAUAAUAAAAGUAUUUGAGCAUAUCAAAUGUCUGAAUUUGCUAGCUUAGCUGUCUGUAGUGUACCAACUUUAACCACUACCAGUAAUUCCUCUGACCACAGCCAAUCCUGAUGGAACCUGCAAAUAUACACUUGAACUUAAGACUCUCCCAAGUGUCCCAAAUACAGUGGGUGACAAAAUAGCAACCCAAGAACUGAAAGGCAAAAACACUAGUGAGAAAGAUUGUAAUUUUGUAUUAAAAUUGUGCAUGUAAGAGAAAUUAAAUUUGACAGCUUUCACAUUAUUUUAUACAACGGAGUAUUAGGGCCACAUUAAGGAAAAAAAUCAAGACUUGGAGAUUAAAGCCAUGAAUUUUGGAGAAUUAAGUCGAGAAUAAAAUCGUAAUAAAAUCAUUACUUGCGAGAAUAAAAUCAUAAUAAAAUCAUUACUUAUGAGAAUAGAGUUGUAAUUAAGUCAUUACUUAUGAAAGUAAAGUCUUAAUAUAGUAAUUAUACAUGAGAAUUAAGUUGUUAAGUAAUCACUUAAAUACUUUAUGACUUUAUUCUCGUUACUAAUGACUUUAUUCUUGUAAAUUAACGACUUUAAUUUCUAAGUUUUUUUUUUUCUUAAUGUGGCCCCAAUACUCCGUUGUGAUUUUAUAAGGUGGAUUCAUCCAAAUUACAGAUAAUCUGUGUGUUAUUGCUUUCUUUUUGGCUUGUGACACUGUUGCACAUUUUCAGUAGUUCAGUAGGACAUUUUAUCCAGAGAUUAAAGUUGUUAAAUUGAAAAGUGUUAAAAGGCCAAAGGAUAUAAAAUGAUCCUUCUAUUCCUGAGAGAAAAGCAAACAUCAGAGGAAAUUUAACACAACUUCAUCCUUUUUUUCAGAGCCUCUCAAAUUUAUCUUGUAGGAUUCAAAAUCAAAAGUGGAACCACUUGUAUAGUCAUGAUCUGAGGAUUAGGUUUGAAGAAAGUAGCCCCAGCGAUGCAGUGAAGUUGAACGCAAAUAGCCAACUGAGCAAAUUUUGAUUUAAAAGAGGUCUAAUAAACAUCUAAAUGUAGCCUAGAGGACUAAAAUCAGGCUACCACAGGUCUAAAAAUGAAAGUUUUUUGGACGUCUAAAUUUAGACCAAGUCCAAAUCUGGACUAUAUCUAAACUACACUGCAUAUUGCUCAACGGCUAUCAUAAUUAUUUUGGUUUAGUACUUGAAGACCAAUUAUGCAACUCACAGUUACUUUUUGGAAUAAAUAAUUAUUGAAUAAUGGAAAUUAAGUCUAAAAUAACUAGUGUGAGGCUCAGUGUGAGGCUUGCAUGUUUUUGUAGAAUUACAGCUUUUGAUUGUAUCUGCAUUAUUUUGUGAAUGACCCUACAGAAAAAUCAAAGUCACAAUAAAACUCACAGAGAAAAAUCAGCUUUAAAAUAAUAGGGACAUCCCUUACCUCCCUCCCCAAAAGCUAAAAAAAAAAAAAAAGUCCAUCUUGAUUGAAACUAAUAUCUAAAUUUUACUCAAAGUGAGCAAAAUGAAAAGUUUGACUUGCAUAAACCGACCCCAUCAGGUGUACGUGUCUUUUUGAGUUCUGGUUUGGUUGAGUAUUUUGUUAACCCACUGUGUUUUAUAGACACGCUGACUCAUAUCCACACAUGCUGUUGGUAUUAUUUGAUGUGAUCAUCCGAGUUGUACAUAGUAUGAAGAACCUUAGCUGUCCACCUGAAACUUGAACGUUUGUUUUUUGCCUCUGUGCAUGUGAGCAGCUGUAAAAGCUGAACAUAGAAAUAGAGAAAAUAGAUCCAACAGAUAUAAAACCAAAUAGGUUUGUUUUAACGAACACUUGUCAGAGAACUCUACUGCUUCAUGCUAGAGCUAACGCUGCAUAGAAAGGACAUGCACUGACCUGCUGAUGUGAUUCCCACUGAUUAUUCCAGUCUGCAUGAAACUUCCCCUUUAAGCUUUUACAGAAACAGGUUUUGAUCUGUUGGAUUUAAAUGAAUGAAUGUGUUUGUCAAGGUGGUGGGUUUGUGCCUGACAUUAGCAAACAACUCACAGCUUAAUGAUGCCUUUACGGAAACCAACUUGGCUUAAAAAAAUCAUGUCCCACCCUAGAAAUAAGUGAUAGGUGAUCCUUGUUUUGUAUGUGUGUGAAACGCCACAUCUCCACUCCAGGCUGGUGUCACCUGGAGGGCUUUACCCUUCAUCUGCUGCCUCUGAACCUCCUCAGGACCUCCAAGCUGCAUGUAUACCCCCUUGCCUCCUGGUACAUGCUUUCCUUUAGCUUCCUUUUAUGUAUAUGGAGUUAAAAGUAGAUUUUCAUAAGCAGUUUGUAAAGGGAAAUUUGUAUGAAAAGACAGUUUUAACUGGGAUUCUCGUCUGUGACAAACUGGGGUUUUGUAAGGAAUCGAGUGGCUGCUUCAAUGUCCUCCUGUUUUCAAACAGCAGUACAGCAAAAAUAAAAGUGCAUCAAAAAGACCUCUUUGCCUCUGUUGACUUUUUAGGGGUGUGAAAACAGAUUUUGGCCACUAGAGCGAGCUGUUGAGCCGUGUUGAGUGAAACACAGGGCGCUAAGGAAAAGUCAAGUUAUAAAAUUCAAUUUUAUUGUCAGAACUCAGCACACAAAACACUCCAAAAUGAUUGCAAAAAAUAUUGAUAGAUAACAGCAGUUUUCUUAUAACCACAUGAAAGCGCAGACUCCAGAGGAAUGUUUUCUUCAAAAUCAAAAGGUACAAGUGGACGUUUAUUUUACUCAGGACCAAAGAAACAUGUCACUUUGUCAUUUCAGUGCUCAAUCAUAUCUUAACUUGAUCACUCAUGUGGUUUAUACAUCUGUGAUGAGCAAAAAGAAAGUCCAUCUUACUCUGCAGGGAUCUGCACUCACAGGGAAGAUGGUGAACAGCUGGCUUGAGCUUCGGUUAUGAUGCAAGGAUUUUUGUUUAGUGACUUAUUAGCAAUUUAAAAAUCUUUUUCUUUCACUUAAAGAGAAAAAAAGUCAUAUUUUUGUUUCUUAUGUCUAUUAGAAAUGUGGCCGUAGAAAAGUAUAUUCGGUGACACUAGUCUGCUGCCAUCCUUGUUAGCUCAAAGCUCAUCUUUGUCAUCACAGAGUGUACGUUCGUGGUCAUGUUUUCAAUGAGAAUGCGACAGGUCUGUGCUGAUAUGUUUUCUAUGGGUUGUGCACAUUUAUGCAAUCUCUCCGCAAGCACAGAGGUACAGAGGGAAUGGAAAUUUUUAAAUACAGAUGACUACAUUUAAACAUAAUAUAUAGUUAUUUAUAUAUGUAAAUAUGUAUAUUCCCUCUUUGUUUAUCCUUCUGUCCAGUACAUUUAAUAUUUAUUCAAACAUUUCAAAUCUACCAGCCAGAAAAUGGCAAAAAGCUGUGGUGCCAAAAUGGCAGAAAGCAAGUGAAUGAGAGCUCUAUAAUAAUCAGUAUUCCCCACAUACACACCUACAAGAAAAGAAAAAGAAUCACUCAGCCUAAAGUACACAAAUAUUUGGAUUUGAAGUCAAAAGGUUUCUCACUAUCCCACUUCUCUUUUACCUGGAGGAGAUGAAAAUAGACUCUUACAGCUAAAAAUAGAUUUGUUUUUAACCGUACAAUAAUGUAACCCCCACCCUAUGAUUUAUAUGAAAAGUUUCUAUCUGAUCUACAAAAUAUAGCAAUGCCCUUUUUAAAAAUAGUUUUUACUAUGACAGGACAUAGAGUUUUUGUUUGUCUUCUUUCACUGAGAUACAUUCAGGAUAUCAGGGUGUGUAGACAGCAAAGUGCCUUUGUCAAGAGUUCACACUUCAAAAGUUUCGCUUUUUGUCAGUUUCCGUCUCUGUCAGUCGGGGUUGCUGCUGUCGGUUCAGUACCUGGUCUGGUACUCGUGAUGCCACCGGUUAAAGUCGUUGUAGAAGAGGACGAUGCUCCCGGACGCCAUGCCAGUUAUGAUGCACCUAAGAUAGUUAAGAGGGGGAAAAGUGCAUUUUUUUUUCAUCAGUAACUCUUUAUUUGAACAUCUCCAUCCGGAAAUCUGCAGGAUAAAUAACUUUCGAUAUCGAGCUCAACUGUCUCCAGUUUCUGUAGGAGAAUUUACAUGAAACUUUUCCACUAAGUCGCAGAAUAUCAAGAUCUGCCUUUCAAAUGUGAGCUGUCUUAAAAUUAUGCAACAGUGUGAAAGUGUUUAAAACUAAAGAAGUGACUGUGCACUAAUUUAAACAAAUGUAUAAAUUCUGCUAAAUAUCACCAAAUACUACAUAUUGCAUCUUUGAACAGCUGUAUAUAGACGACAAUGGAAAAUAUAGUAUUGAUUUAGUAUCAAUGCUACUUUAUUGAUUGACAGCAUAGUUUUAAAUCUGGAAAAAAAUGUCUACCAUAAUCUCUGCUAAACUGGUCUGCAGAGUGUGGCUAACAUUACCAGUGCUAGCAUUAUCAGCCUUUAGUUCUCCCUGUAUGUCAAUAUUUGCAUGUCUGCACCACCGCCGAUUAGCCUAACUAAUCAUACACGAGACUUUACUUUCUGUAUCAGAAUACUGCCAGACCAUGCUGCAUCUGUGUCAUCUGUGUUUGUUUACAUCCAUAUAGCAAAGUGUUGAGGCUGAAGUCAUUAACUCAGCCCCUGCUUGUAAUUCUGACAUAGGGCCACAAAGUGACAAUGUUUCAUUGUAUGACUAACUAAACGUGGACACAACGACUAAAAGAGAUCAAAUGUAAAUUUACACAGAACAAGAAAACGACAGAAAGUCCUCACAUUUAAAGACAGAAAACAAGAGUCAGUUUUCUUUUCCAAAAUCUUCAUUUCUUGCAAUUGUUCGCAACUUUAACUUGAAAAAUAGGAAUUUUAGUUAAAAUAGAUUGUUUAUUCCUUUCUGUUCAGUACACAUCCCUCUCUUUCCCUUCUGACUGGCUUUAUUUUCAGUCACUGCUUUAUGUGUCUUAUCUAUUUCACUGAUUUAUAUUAUUCAUUCUCGUCCUUUUUUUUUCUGCAGACAUCUUUUCACAUCUUUGGUCCUCAUGUCAUUUCGUUUCUGUGUAUAUACAUAUUUCUAGAAUGACAAUGCACUGUAUAAACCACUCAUUUUACAGCUGCUAUAUGAAUACAGCUCUUGUAUUAAAUACAUAGAAUACUACUUUAUGUAUUUAAUAAUACAAAUAAUAAAUAUUUCAGCUACUUUGACUGUACCAGUCUCGACUAAACAAAACUGAAGGUCACUCUUCAUUCUGUGAGAGCGUAGCUGUUUAUUACCUUUGGUCAUGGGACAUAGCCAUGGAGCGGAUUCCUGCGUCACAGCCUGGGUAGGUGAAGAGCUGUUUGAGGUUGUGGACCUGCCAGACAGAAACUACACCUCCAUCUCCACCUGUGAGCAGAUACUGACCGUCACGGCUGAGAAGCAUGGCCUAGAAGAGAGAAAAAGAAGGAAGUUUGUCAUGGAGUUUUUGUUCGUUUGUGUUACUUCCUAAUCACUCUUGAUUAUUAUUACUAUUUAUAUGUAUAAAGUGACCUAAAUGCCUGAUUUUUCUUUCAAUUCUUAAUGCUUCAAUAGUACAAACAGAAAACAAGACGGGUGUUAUAUCUAUUCAGUCUGGACCCACAUGUAUAAAAGCCUGUGAAAAGGCCUGGUGAUCUGGGACCAGUUUAUCUCUCAAGUCAGAAUAAAGCUCAUGCUGCGAGGUCAUGUGAUCCCACAAAAGAGGCCGGGUCAGAACCGCCUCUCCCCUGGGUCUUUCUGUACACAGACCCUGACUUGCUACACGAUGGCUCCCCACAGUGAGGCUCAGAGAUUUACUCUUCUCAUCUGCUUUUCCUGCAAACUGUAACAGCUGAACGACUCCCCCGGGAGUCAGACAUGCACAAAUCAGCUCGUGUGUUGGAGUCUAUUAUGGGCGCUGGAAGCUGAAAGUGAACUAGUCAGGGGCAUCAAUCAACGAGUGAGCACGGCCGACGAAAUGACGAGGCAGAAUGUGAGUUCUAAAAGCAGCAAAUGACACUAAUUUAGAGCUUUACUCCUUUGUGGUUUUUACGACACCGGCGUUCAGCUGCAGCAGCCUCUCUGCAGUGAGUCAGCAGGACGCUUCAGUCAUCAGCUGCAUGUGUGUCGGAUCAGGAGCAGAUUAAACGGAAAAAUGAAACUUCAACUUUGGUGCAAGUCAUUUUCAGGAACUUGACUUGGUUGGGAAAACAUAAAUAAGCCUUCAUGAACUGUACACAGUGGAUGGACGGGGAGAGUGCUGCCUCAAUUACCUAAAUUCUUUGUUUAUAAAAACCUUUUGUGGCAUUUCCUAUCAGGCUGUGAAUUAAAUGAGCUCUGUUUCUCAUUUCCAUCACUUUAGACGGACGUGAAGCUCGCACGAGAAGGCGCUCGCACAAACAGGAAAAUACUGAAGAGGCAAACACUGAUGCGUUUGCACGCUGGCAGGCAGCAUCGAGAACAAAUGAAGCCUAAUUGUUGUGUUGGAUCAUCAUCCAGGAUGGCUGGGAAUGAAGCAUGACAGAGUGCAGCGCUGCGUUGAUUUGUGCGCAGUGGGUCUGUUUUGUGUGUAUGGUACUUGUCUUGUGUAUCAACAUUCAGAGUUAAUCUGACAACAACGAUAAAAAAUGAUGUGCAGUUCAGCAGAUCAUGAUCGGUGUGUUUUACUGAAGUGUGGUGCAAAUUAGUGCGUGAGAAAAGGAAUGUGAUUCAUCAUGGCUGACAGUCAAUUUAGCACAUUUGAUAAAAAAAUAGUACAUUAGUACGUAGUACAAUAAUACAUUUAAAGCCGCAUAACUUGGUUUUCAGGCACUAGAAGUAGCAAAAGAGUCCAAACCAAAAGACUGACAUCUUUGUGAUCAACAUUUUAACAAAAGGAUUUUCAUCUGGAGUCACAUUUGUGUCUCAUGAAUUUAACUCCAAAGUUUUCUCAUAUUUCCAAUUAGGCCUGGGCAAUAAAUCGAAAAUUUACUGAUACUGAAAUUUACGACAAUAACCAACGUCAUUUUGCCCAUAUGGGUAUUUUUCGGUGUCAAAAACAUAAAUAAAUAAAAGUUGGUUUUGGAUGUGUGUAGGUAGGUUUUAAGGCCACUUUUAGACGGAAACGGUCUCCAUAGAAAACGGAAAAAUUUAGUUUCGUU